AAUUUGUGGCUGCUAAUUUAAAAGGAAAGGAAGGGACCGUUUUGAGGAUAGAAGUUUUUGGCCUUCUUUACCAUUCCCCAUUUGGCUAUUUCUGUAUUCCAAGUGCCUCCAAGCAGCUAACUGCUUCCGUGUUCAUGGGAGUAUCAAUUAUGGUCAUCAAUCCUGUAUAAUAAAUAUUAUAAAUAGUUUUGUCCUCCUCCUGAACACAGCAGAAAUAGAAACGAAUUCCGUCAUGUGACUACAGCAGUCAAAUGUGAAGCCGUUAAAAUCCUGUAGUGCGACAAAUCCUCUGAGGAUUUAAGCCGUAAAAUGCUACAUACCGCGAAUGGACCUGAACUGAGGAUCUCAGGCUGAAAUUCUCCAUGUUCCUGGAAUGCAUCAAUAUCCUUAGCAACACGGAGACUCUUGGCUGUUAAACAAUUGUUUGUAGAAUGGAAUGACCGUGCAUGGAACUUGGUGACAUCGGGAUGAGCCUGUCAAGCCCAUGGCUGUCGUGCGAAAAAUGAGAUUUGACACUACGGUCUGUGGGCCUGAUUUUGUGUGCCCAUGAAGUAUGGAAAUUGACACAAGGGGAAUUUCACCAUCUGGCGUAGGAAACGGGCAGAAUGGAUCUCAGGUACUGCAUCUUCCCUCAUUCGAAUAGAUCGUUUUUUUACAGAGGAGGAGAAUAGUGCACCCCCGGAGUAAAAACAGCAGGCGUCCGGGGAAAACACUGCAAUGUAAGGAUAUCAAUGUGUUGUACAUAUACAUGGAGUUAGAAAGCAGUUGUCUUUUUGUAAGAUGGGAAUGUGGGGGGAAAUGAACGAGAAAAUCCAAAUGGAAAUCUCAAUAUUUCAGGUUCAAGACUGGAGGGGAAACGGUUAAUUCCAAAUAUCGGAAUGUUGAUAUUGGCAUUCUGGGUAGGUUUUUUUUGGGGGGGGGACCGUCGGAAAUCCUGUUCCUAGAAAAUGGACCUCCACAGCAAUGCUCAUAUACUUACAUAAAAUAAGAAUGUACACAUUUGAACAUUUCUAAACUUUUAAAAAUGCUUCGGUUUGACAAAUUUCACCUCUGCUUCUUGUUGCGAAUUAGAGUCAGCAAAAGGAAACUCGACAAUGUAAGCCUACUGUCUUCUGUGCUUGCUUCAUGCGGACUAGUGUCUUAGUUGGGUGCCAUGUUUGGAAGUGGCAUGGCUUCCCACAGUUAUCUGGCUGGCCACUUUGAAAACAGGAUGCUGGGCUUUUGGUCCGAUCCGCUGGGCUCAUCUCUAUGUUCUUGUGCUCCCUGUUCCCUGCCUGUUUCCUUGUUUGUGACACCCUAGCUCUCAAAGUGGCAAGGACACUGCCACCACAAUCCUGCGCAUGUCCGUUCAGAAGUCCCAGGUAAGUGGUUGGAUUGGAGUUACGAAUCGGCAAAUCCUCCAUUCAAAUCUUGCCCCUUCCAUGAACUCAUGAGGUGGCUUUAGGCAAGGGACGGCUUUGCCUCAGUUCUCCGUCAGUACUAUGGGCAUAAUAAUACUAUUUUGAGUUGGGGGGGGGCGCACAGGCACCUGGCUCCACCUAACUAUUUUUCAGAAGGGUUGAGAACGUGAGGCGUCACAUGCUCCAAGGAGACCGCAAGGCCUGUCACGGCAGCGGGAAGGUCCGAGGGCCCCCGCUGCAAAGAUAAUUUUCAAUAUGGUGAAAAGGAGACUGUUUUCUUGCCACUUAGCCUUGUUUGAAUAAGCGGGUAUAGUUUCAACCAGGGUGGACUUUGGUUUUUCAGCGGCUCCCUGCGCAAGCCCAAAAUUUGGUGCUCCCUCUCCACCUCUCUCUCUGUUCUGCGCAUGCACCAUGUCCUAACUGCAGCCCCCUGGCGUGGAGAAACCAGUCACGCUGCCCUAAAUCUGACUCUGUUUCUAUACCAUAAAAAGGUAAAGGUACACCCCUGACCAUUAGGUCCAGUUGUGACCGACUCUGGGGUUGCCGCGCUCAUCUCGCUUUAUUGGCCGAGGGAGCCGGCGUACAGCUUCCGGGUCAUGUGGCUUGUAUGACUAAGCCGCUUCUGGCGAACCAGAACAGCACACGGAAACGCCGUUUGCCUUCCCGCCGGAGCGGUACUUGCACUUUGACGUGCUUUCGAACUGCUAGGUUGGCAGGAGCAGGGACCGAGCAACAGGAGCUCACCCCGUCACGGGGAUUCGAGCCGCCGACCUUCUGAUCGGCAAGUCCUAGGCUCUGUGGUUUAAGCCACAGCGCCACCCGUGUCCCGCCUGAUGUGCUUACACAGUAGUUAAACAUUGCGCUUUUCUUCCAGGAAAAAAAGAGUUCCGCUUACUAACCAUGAUGUUGUUACAGGAAGCACCACGCUUUUAACCACUGGUUUUUUUUUCUAGGGGGAAAAUGGGUGCUGGUACUGCUUACCCUUGAAUACCUCCAGAAAAAAAGUACUGGUUAAUUGGCUAUUUGUGCCACAUUUCAAAGUGCAUUUCCUCAUUCCUUUUCUAACCCCAAAGUGACCUCUCUCUUUUCCUUUACAAGUGGAUUUGUUGGGCCAGAACAAUACAGCAUUUUAGUUCUCUUUAAUUGCACAAACCUGAAUUUCUGGUAAGGCAUUGAUUCCCUCCUGUAAAACAACUGGCAGUCUGUCAGUGACCAGAGUUUAUUUUACGUAUUUCCUUCUGUGGUCCCACCAGAGGGAGCUCAAACAUUGUUUCUUCUUCUGCUUAAGUGGCUGCCCUAUAUGUUUGCUUUAGCAAUUCCCAUAUUUCUCCCAUAAUGAUACACAGUUCAGAGGUAUGCCAAAAAGGAAAACUCUUCCUGAUCUUUUAAAAAAAUCUAAAUCUUUCCAAAUGUGUACGUGAUACAGCAACCUCAACAAAUACACAUGUUUCUCUUAAAAAAAAAAAAAGUAUUUCUAAUACAGACAGAAAACCUACUCUGCAGCAGGGAAAUCAGUACGGCUUCUUUUUUAAAUAAAUAAAUAAAAUUGCAAACAUCUUUAUGAAGGACUUCCUUUUCUCAGACGAAUGUACCGUAUACAGUUCAUUCGGAUUUUCUCAGGAAUCUUCCAGGCAGGACAAGUUCUGUAACCUUAGAAGUGUUUGUUGUGGUGGUAGCUGUACAGAAACAAAGCGCAAGACAUCAGUAUUUAGAUGUAAUUGUGAUGUUUCUUUCCCACGUCCUUCCCUCCUAUAUGUUUCUUUUGUCCUUUUUUAAAGUUACAGCAGUCCACUGUACUUCACAAGGGUCAACUUUCUUGCACCCCCAAAGUUUUAUAUGCAACAUUUGCUUCCCUCAGGUACAAUCUCUGGAUCAUUGUGAAAUAAGAAACGUACAUGUGAUAGAUAGUUCUCCUUUUAAGUGGCUCAAAUAAUCUCAAAAUGUUUGCGCAUGAAUUUGAAGAGAAAGAUCUUGUAAUGCUAAUGCUUAUAGCCAUUGUCUACAGAAUAGGACUUUAGUAAGUUUGAAAUGAUUUGGGCUAUUGGUGUGUUUGGGUUUUAUUUUAUUUUAUUUUAUUUUAUUUUAUUUUAUUUUAUUUUAUUUAGCAAUUGCCCAGAUCCACUUGAGGUACUCAAGGCAAAACUUUUGAAUAAUAUAAAGACAGACAUAGUACACAGGGUAAAAUAAAUGUCGUUUAUCAGAGCCGACAACUGAAAAGUUUGCUGUACUGUAUUGUAAAUCUGAAAUCAGAACUCCUGCCCUAGGGUGGACUAAUAUACAGUUCAGCUAUAUAUAGAAAUUGCCACCUGACUGAAGGGUUCUGCAAGGAGAUGAUAUUGGCUAUAAAUACACCAGGAUGCAUGCAGAUUAGAAUAAUCUUGCAGAGAAGACGCAUUGCCGUUGCACGCAGCAUUGUGAGGUCAAAUCUGUCACAAACAUUACAAUUAGGUACCAAAGCCUAUUUAAGCAGCUACUUUGUGGAAUUCCAUUCAAGAUGCAAUUUUAUUGCUAACUGAAAAUGGCAAUGCAUGCAGAAUACAAAUAAACUUACCAAAGUUACUGAUUUGCAAAAUGUCAACCUUACAAAUAAGCUUACCAAAGUUACUAGUUUGCAUUGUUUAUCUAUAUAUGCCCGUUUAAUCCAUUUGGGGCACAUUUACAACCUUAACCAAAACGGGUAAGGAGGGAAAUUUAUACCCUACAUUUACAGUACGAUUCCCUUCCAAUUUACUGAUGGAAACUUCAUACUUUACUAUACUGAUGUUAAACCAGCGUUUCCUUUAGUGAACACAUAGCAUACAUGUAUGAUCAUCAUACCUGUGGACAUCUUUCCCCCCACAUUUUAUUUAAAUUUUUCAAUUUUACAACAAAUACAGAUUUAUUAAAGUAAUCUCAUUAUCCUCGACUUCCCCACCUUCCAUGGUUCAUUAAAGUUUCCCUUAUUCAACUGCUCUUUUACCAUUUUAUAUUCACCUUCAGCCUUAUUUCGUUUCUCUGCUCUGAUUAUUCUAGUCCUGCUAGCGUUUUAAGAUGUUUACAAUAAUUCUUCAUAUAUUCCACAAAUUUCUCCCAUUCUUUCUUAAACAUCUCCUUCUCUUGGUCUCGAAUUCUGCUUGUUAAAUCAGCCAGUUCAGCAUAUUCCCACAGUUUCAUCUGCCAUUCCUCUUUUGUCAGAGUUACUCCUUCCAUCCACUUCUGGGCAUAUAACAUCCGUUCUACUGUCGUAGCAUACAUAAAUAAGUUUUUUUGAUCUUUUGGAAUCUCCUCCCCUAUUAUUCCUAUAAAAAGGGCUUCCGGCUUCUUCUUAAAAGAUACCUUCAUCAUUCCCCCCCCCCCCAUUUCAUUAUAUAUCAUUUCCCAGAAGUCCUUUACUAAUUUGCAAGUUCACCACAUAUGAUACAAAGUUCCUCCUUUUUCUUUACAUUUCCAGCAAAUACCUGUGGACAUCAUUUUUAAACAUCACUUUAGAUGGAUUUUGAAAUCUUGUCAAAUUAUGAUUUCCUUAGCAUGUGUACAUGGGUGUACUAUUUAACACGCUCAUACUUGUAUGUACGAAACCAAGGCCUUUUGUGCUAGCUGAAUCAGUGUUUCCCUAAGCACUUGUCAAAUGGAUAGAUUUGCCUUAAGAUGGUAGUUUCAUGGCACUGUGACUGAUUAACAUAUCUGCUUUUUGUACCUACACAUGUAUUCAAUGAAACUUCUUUAGCACAUUACCUGAUGCUGCUAUGACAUCCUGUAUCUUUGUACUCACUGCUUACAUUACAGAUUUGAUUCUACUCUCAGAAGAAGUAGAUGUUUUUUGACGACGCCUCUCCUUCAACAUGUCAUGUUUUGUUUUCAAGAGUGAUGGCCCUGAGGCAAAUACAGGCCUCAGCUGGAGGGGUGUGGAGAAAAUGCAUGUUUUCUUUUGAAGGAUCCCACCUCCCGUUUCUAAUUCACGACAGGGUGCAAAGUUACAAUAAGCAAGCACUAAAAACAGGGACCGAUUACCAUUAUUCAUUCCCUGCUUCUAGUCCAAAGACAGGCACGGCACAAAGCGUCUCCCAAUUUAUCGCUGACUGUCGAGGAUGAUAAUUGAGGAUCAAAAGAGGAAGGCCUGAAAGUCUCAUUCGUUAUCAUGCAUCUCUUUUGCUAAUCGGUUGCAUGGAAAGUGUGCUGCAGGGAAAAUGAGGUCAGCAUAACAGAUAGUUAUUAGAUCAGAACUAGUUCCAGGGCUUCUGAGUAAGCAACUCUUCUAGGCAGCUCCCUAGGGAUAAUAUUUUGUAGGGGUCAGCAGAUGGAAGAGAUCUUUCCUUUGUUGCAUCAUGCUGGUGCAUUCAAUUCUUUGGCCCAAGAGCUUGUUGUUUCAAAAGUCCUAUAAAUGUUGCAGCCUCAUCUCAGAAGAUUCUUCUUAGGCCUGGGUAUAAUAUAUCACAUCAUGGUUUAUACAUUCCUGAACACUCCUGGUUGGCCGUAGCUCAACUUAGAAGGCUUUGAGAGUAAACAUAGCAUCAGAGCUGUGGAUUCAUUUAGAACUUGUUUGUACUGUGCUGCUGAAGCCACAGAACUAUACAAACUUGUUCAUAGUAGCUUUCUACAAUCAGCACCGUUGUCUACAAAAAAUGUUCAAAGUGCAUAAAACCACAACCACAUCUCGCUUAUAAAAGGCCCAAAUAAAAAUAAUGAAAGUUUGCUACCCCCCAUCUUUACUCUCUCUCCCCACCUCUCUUUUCCCCCAACCUUAAACUGUAAAGGUAGGUCCAGUCGUGACCGACGCUGGGGUUGCGGCGCUCAUCUCGCUUUGUUGGCCGAGGGAGCCGGUGUACAGCUUCUGGGUCAUGUGGCCAGCAUGACUAAGCCGCUUCUGGCGAACCAGAGCAGUGCACGGAAACGCCGUUUACCUUCCCGCUGGAGCGGUACCUAUUUAUCUACUUGCACUUUUGACGUGCUCUUGAACUGCUAGGUUGGAAGGAGCAGGGACUAAGCAACAGAAGCUCACCCCAUCACAGGGAUUCGAACCACCAGCCUUCUGAUCGGCAAGUCCUAGGCUCAGUGGUUUAACCCACAGUGCCAUCCACGUCCCUACCUUAUACAGUACACAACAUUAAAGUCUCACAUUGAGUACUGUAUAGCUGAUCUGCUUAAAGGACUUUAUGAUCUGAAAUAAGAGGCGUCUGUGUCAUCCAGGAGAUUGCAGCUGCAGAGAUAAGAAGAGUCGUUCCGUUGUCUGGAGAGGUGGCUUCCAGGUUUGCAUGGAGAAACCGUUUUCAAUGAAGCCCAGCGAUGGAUGCGUGCAGUUGUAUUGAGGCAGCACCUGGUGCUGAAAUGUUGUGCCCCUAACAAUUUUGCGCCCAGGGCAAACAGUCCUGUGCCCGCCCCACAGUGUGCCACUGUACGGUGCUCUUGGAAUGGGUCAAUCCCUGGCCGCUGGUCCUGCUUGCUAGGAAUGAUGGGAGCUGUAUUCCAACAGAAGCUGGAGACCCAAAAACACUGCUCUAGGUCCUAUCCUGCUAAUGUCAUUGAAUACAAGCCGGUGCCCUUAGGGGCCUCUGGGAAGGUUAGAUCCUUGGGGACUCAUUUCCAAAACUAUUGCAACCAUCUGCUGAUUUCAAACAGACACCUCAAACCAGAGAGUAUGCAAAUCCAGCUUAAGAAUUCUGCUGAACUAAGAGUUUACAAGCAAUUCUCUUCUUUCCUUAUCUGGGAGCUGUUGCUCUCCCAGGAAGAAGGAACACACACAGCGAGCUUCCUGGGGCUCGUCUUGGAAUCGUUAAUCAUCUUUCUAGAUAAACAGCCAGAUAACCCAGGAAUCUAAUACCUUGAUACCUUGAGAUAUUGGAGUGAUUCCGGAAAAUUAUGCUGCAUCUUUUAAAACUAUUUGUGAUUUUUCUUCAUUUCCACACGCCACCAUUAAAAAAACUAUGUACCUUCAGCUAGAGACAGGAACAUAAGAAGCUACCUUAUAUGAAUCAGACAAUUGGUUCACAUAGGUAAAUACCAUUUUGUCUGGUAGGCAGCAAUUCUCCAGGGCUCCUUCUGUCCCCUGUCUAGAGAUGCCAGGCAUCUUCUGCAUAUGAAGUAGAUGAUCUGCCACUGAGCAGUGUCCCCAAGCUUUGUCCCAUUGCUCCUCUAGUAUAGCGGUCACCAAACUUUUUGGGCCAGUGGGCACAUUUCAAAUGUUGAGAGAGUGCUGGGGGCACCAGUCACAAAACAGCUGCAAUGGUUUUUGUUUUAGUUUUAGUUUUUUUGUUCAAAAUUAAAACAAGACAUAUUAUCCAAAAACAUAUCAUCCUUGUCCCCCCCCCAUUUUUCCUCCCUCCCCCCUCCCACACAAAACCCACCUGCCCCCACCCCCCGACUUCCCUCAGUUCAAGUCUUUGGUUUCUCUGAGACUGCUGUUUUCUGCAUGUUACAAAGUUGUAUAGAUCCUCAAACUAUUUAGCUGAUUAUUAUCAAUAAAAAGAUUGUGAAUGUUUAUUCAAAACCUGCCAAGGAGACCAGUUCGCUUUGUUGCAUCUUCAGAUACUUUGUAAAGGGUUCCCAUUCAUCCUUAAAGUCACAAUUAUCCUUGUCCCGUAGCUUAUAUGUCAGUUUUGCCAGUUCUGCAUAGUCCAUCAGUUUUUCUUGCCAUGAUUCUUUAGUUGGGGUUUCUUCAGGCUUCCAUCCUUGUGCUACCAGAACUCUUGUGGCCGUUGUCACAUACAUGAAGAUGUUCUUCAGCUUUUUUUGGCAGGUCUUUCGCUACAAUCCCCAACAAAAGUGCCUUGGGUUUUUAAACAAAUGUUAUAUGGAACAUUUUCUUCAAUUCAUUGUAUAUCAUUUCCCAAAAUUUUAAAAUUACAUUACAAUCCCACUACAUAUGAUAAAAUAUCACUUCCUUUUCUUUACACUCUCAACAUAUAUUUGAACUAGUUUUGUACAUUUUCCCUAACUGCACUGGUGUUGUGUACCAUCUAUACAUCAUCUUCACGUAGUUCUCCUUCAAUAGGGAACAAUCUGUAAAUUUUAAAUCAGUUUUCCAUAAUUUUUCCCAAUCUUCCAUCAUAAUGUUGUGACCGCAAAAUAGCUGCAAUGGUGAAGGGGCAGCAUGGCACAACACAAAUUGGCUGCCACAAGGACCAUGGCAUAACGUUAGAGAGACAGCCACUUUAGACCACCUUAAAUGGCGUGUCAGCUAUACCCUGCUGGCCCUGAAUGUGGAGAUCAAAAGGUAUUGAUUUCAUACACACUGAUGCUGUCGGUGUCUAAUCGCAACAGGAAGCAUUCCCCAGCACUAGCAAAAAUAUGCAAGGUUGUGGCCACAACACACUCAUUCUCAUUUCACAGAAAUCACUUAGAGUGGACCUGCACCUUUUGCUCCAUAACUUUCAGUGGGGGGGGGUUGGCUAAAGGCUUGUUUCUCCCCCUCCUCACUUUUAAAAAAUGAAAGCUCGGUCUGGGACACCUGUCCAGCGACACCAGUGAACAAACCCUUGCUUUGGACAGUGGUUUGGGUACUGAACCUAAGACCUCCCACUCAAAGCAAGAAUUGUGCUGCUCGAUUAACAAGUUAGACACAAUAAGGAAAAUUUCAUUUUGGCUGCCUUUCGUUUCUUAUAGGACAUGCCAACACAUGCUGAUUUUCCAUUGUGCAAUCAGCAUCUAUCACGCCCUGAAUUGCAGUGUAAUGCCAUUUGGGUUUUCCUUUUUCAGCAUCAACAAUAGUAGCCCACAACAGAGACAUAUCAACCUGGCUACAAAAUGACUUGUUAGCAAAGGGCAUUUUGUGCUGAAAUUUCUUUCAUCCUGGGUUUUAUCUCAUGAGUUCUCUUCCAUCUUCCUCUGAGGUUUGGACUGUAUAUUUUUAAAUCUGAGUCUGCAUGUUUCACUGUUCCCGAAAAUUCCCACCAAAUAGGCUUCUUUUCAAAAUUAUCUCUCACCCCCACCCGACUUUGAUUGUCAUCACAUUCUUCUGAAUCUCUCGGUCCAUCCCCUCCCCUAUUCCCGCAGUAAAUGUAUGGGAUGAAGGGGACUAGCAGCCAGGUGUGUGCAGAUUUGGCACAAUCAGUUUCAAAACAGAUGCAAGACAUCCGUCACUAAUCACAAGAGAAGGAACUGUGUGUGUACUGUAAACAAGGCACAGUGUACAAAGAGCACAAAACCUUCUGUUUGGGGCUAACAUGGUGGCAAACAUCAACAAACAAAACAUUAACCCCAACCCAGAUCUUUCUGGGUAAAACUACACCGAAGGUGCACUUUUCACUGCACAAUUUGCACAGAAGUAGACCUAUAAUGUAGUCCUCCUAAGAUAUUGUUGCUUGCACAGAAGUAAAAAAUGGGGCUUGUCCACGCCUACAUUUGAUGUGCUUUCAAUGCUGUUUGCAUUCCUAUUAAUGUGGUGUUGUCCGCAUGACGUCUCACUCCAAAAGCAGCUAUCCUGCUUGUUCCCCCCAGUAAAUUUGGAUUUCCCCAAUCCAGGGAUAAUUCGAUAAGUUUGGAAAAGACGGCUUCCAAGCCACUCCACCCAAGACAGUGGGCACAUCACUUUUAUCUUGGGGGGGUUGAAGAAACACCCAUUUUUACAGCUUUCCUUUUCACACACCCCACAUCCCCUUAAUGCCCGUUCCGUUUCAGCUUAACCUUAGUGGAAACUGUCAUUGAUUGUGGAGCUGAAAGACUCCUCUUUUUCACUUUAGGUGAAAACAUCCUGUGUGGGCUUCGAAGACAGAUUUGACUGGUAAUCAGAUGCCUACCCAGCUGUCUGCUGUCAACCAAAGAGCUCUGCUAGAUCUGAGGGUGUUCAAUUUGCCCUUUCAUGUAAUCCUAGUGUGGGUACACUUGGGAGUGGAUAUUCUUUCCUUAAGCACUGUUUAGGCUCAAGUGUUAUAUCAGGCUUCCAGUUUGAAAGCAACCUGUGUCGGGUUUUCAGGGUUUUCAAGUUCUGCUCAUCAUGUUGAUCUUUCAAAACAAGUCUUUUUAAACAAAUAUGCAACUUAUGGAUGCAAUGUUUACUUGCAGGAGAAGUUUCGCUAUAUUCCUGGCAUGCCCAUUUAGCUAUUGAGAACCACACUUUUCAUUUAAUGCAAUUAACAUAAUAGUUGACCGGCGGAUUGGCUGUUAUUUCUUUGUAGUCACUAAUAUAAAGAAAGGGUGCCAUCCUUGCUUAGGAGUAAGUUACAUUGAAGUCACUUGCCUAUGACUAUGAGUAAGCAGGCAACGGCAGAAGCUUCUGCUUUGGUUUAUUGUGUGAAUUUUCACCUCCCAGUCUGUUACGUCCUUGGCUAAGUCAGUGUAGAAAAACCUAUGCAUCUGUUUGUUUUUGUUGUGCGAUUCUAGGGUUGCCAUAUUUCAAGAAGUAAAAACUCCAGAGGUUUUUUUGGACAAUCGUCCAAAAAGUUGUUGAGCUUUCUUUUGGCAAUCAGCAGAUGUUUCUGCUUCCACCAAGGAACAGACAAAAUCCUGGACGUUUAGUAUUAAAUUUUAAAAAUUCCUCCGAGUGGCCAUGUUAGCCUCCGCUCCCAGGACACCACCAGAAUUUUCCGGGAUAUAUGGCGAUCCUAUGCAUUUCACUGCAAGCAUCAUCCAAGGUCAAAACUGCAUGUCAUGUCGGCAGCAGAACUUAAAUACUGGACAUGGGACUGAUCCAUUCUCAUCCAAAGCAGAAAGAAGGGGUGCAAUUUAGUAGGAUGCGCAGCUGGAGGGUGACAAACCCUUCCUCUGCUCCUGACAUUUCCUCUUGGUGCCCAUCCUAUCCCCUAACCCUUGUCAUCCAGCUAGGUUCAAUUUGCUCUUGGAGGCUGACCAGAAGAAAGAAAGAAGGAGAAAGCUCCGUGGAGACAGAUUGUAGGGGUAGGGAUUGAUGGUGCUGCAGGGGACUGCUCAACACCUCCACUUCGGCAACCCUUUGCCUCACCCCUUGGCUCGGCAUGUAGCCUUUUUUCCAAUUUUUAAAAAUUAAUUUUCCAAAUUUAUAACAAACAUAAAAGAAAAACAUUACAAUAGAAAACAAACAAACAAACAUUUAUCCUAACUGUUAAGGGUAUCAGGUGGUUGCUCGAGAGCAAUCAGGCAAGAUGCCUCACUAGUCUGUUCUAAAGCUUGCUUAUUGGUGCUAAAAAAAACUUUACAACGCAGAGCGCCUCUAUUCCAUGUCUUGCUCAUUCACUGGCAGAAUCUGAGAGUGGGCGGUCCUUAAAUCUUCCCCAGCAGAGUAGUUUCUUGACCCCCAGUCUGCACCUCCCCUCUCUGCGUGAAAGCCUACUGCGCAAGGAAGGCUUGGGUAACGGGGGACCUCCCUCCUCCCCGCUUUGCGGCACCACCUUGCCUCCUCCGCCCCCUGCAUCUCCUCUCCACUAGAGGCGUGGCUUCCUUCCUCCGCUGAGGAAGUGCUGCUUCCCACGAUCUUUGGGGGCUCUCUGUAAUCCAUCCGCCUUUUCCCCUCUCGCCUCUGAGCCGAUGGCGGCUCCCUGACACUAACUGUUAAAAUCCCAAUUUUGUUAUCAUUAUUGGGUGACUUCCUCAAAUCCUCCUAGCUGAGUUUCCAUAUAAGUCAUUGUAGCAGUUUUCUAAUACUUCUUUCAAAUGAGAUAAACUUAGUCAAUUAACAUCUUUCUUUCUUUUCAUAUUAUCCUUUAUCCAUAAUGUUAUACAAUUUAACAUAUUGAACUCCUAGGCCAAUUUGGUACUUACAAAUAAUUCUACUUAUGUUAUCUUAGCAUAUUUAACUACAUAACCCUUAAAUUUCAUUCAUUCUUCUUGGUGUUCCUCCUCUUUCUGUUCACAGAUUCUUCCAGUCAGGUCAGCCAGCUCCAGAAAGUCCAUCAUCUUCAUCUGCCAUUUCUCCACUGUAGGCAUUUCUUGUAGUUUCCAAUUUUUGGCUAACAAAAUUCUUGCUGCAGUUGUGGCAUACAAAAACAAGCUAACAUCUUUCUUGGGCGAUUCCAAACCAAUUAUUCCCAGCAUGUAGCCUUUAGACGGACCAUUCACUCCUAUGUGUAAGAGAAUGAAGCGUGCCUCUUUUAGGACAGAACUGCUACCUGAGGUUUCCUGCAAGUAUUCCUAUUAAAAAUAAGCAAUGCUUUUAAAAACAACUGUGUUUCUAGCAGACUAUUACUUCUUCUUCUUUUUUAAGCCUACUGCAAGCCCAGCUGGCUUGUCCAUUACUUAGAGAUGAGAGGGGCAGGAUGCCAGUUGGGAGGCUUCCUUCCUUACCUAUAUGAUGAUAUACUGUGGGCCUUCUCGGGUUGUGUUUCAGGAUAUGGUUUUGCUCAUCAGACGCUUAUAGCUUGUCUGUCAAGGAAAUUUUAACAAUUGCUUGGGUACACGGAUGUGAGCUCAAGCAGGCCUCUUGUAACAUCUAUUAUUGGAGAGCUGAUGUUCAGAGAGCCCAGAGAAUCCUGGCAACAAACCCAAAGGGGUGGUUAUGUUAUCCCAACUCUCACUGUAAGGUUUAGUAGCUACAUUUAUCCAUGCCAUAAUGAUGAUGAUGAUAUUUUUAAAAUUUAUAUCCCGCUUAUGUUGCCGGGUUUCCCCAGCCACUCUGGGCGGCUUACAACAUAUAUAAAAACACAGCAAAGCAUCAAACAGUAAAAAACAAAAUAUCCUAAAAGAGCAGCAAACAAACCAAUAAAUCAAUAGAAACCAAUAGUAACAAUAAGAGCAAUAAUAAAGAGCCUACAGUUAUACCCAAAUUAAAAUAACCGCCAUUCCCAACUAAACAUUAAAUCAACAUCAAACCGACAAAAACAAAACAGAGGAACCAAAAUUAGAACCGUUUAAAACAUUUUAAAGUUGGGGCAACUUUUAGCCAGUUGCCCCAACCCAAGAGUUGUGGCAUCACACUGAGUGUGCAGUCAGUAAUGAGGAGCACUUACAUGAGUAAGUAUGCCUCAUUGUUGGUAUCAGGGCCAGAUUUAGGUUUGAUGAGGCCCUAAGAUACUGAAGGUAAUGGGGCCCUUUAUAUGUCCAGCUGUCCUUUGUCAGCAACAAAUUGUCUUUGUCUUUUGUGUUGAAUAUAUGCUAUAUGAUACCUUAUGGACCUAAUAGGUAUCUAAAGCCAUUUGCACAUAACCAAAAUGUAUUUUAUCGAAGUAAUUGUUGAACUGAAAUACAAUUAAGAAGAAGUAUAUUAACAGUGAAAUUUUUGGUGGUGCCCAAAGGAGUGGGGCCCUAAGCCAGGGGUCAGCAACCUUUUUCAGCCGUGGGCCAGUUCACCAUCCCUCAGACCAUGUGGUGGGCUGGACUAUAUUUUGAAAAAAGAAAGGAAUGAAUUCCUAUGCCCCACAAAUAACCCAGAGAUGCGUUUUAAAUAAAAGGACACAUUCUACUCAUGUAAAAACACGCUGAUUCCUGGACUGCCCAUGGGACAGAUUGAGAAGGCGAUUGGGCCACAUCCAGCCCCCGGGCCUUAGGUUGCCUACCCCUGCCCUAAGCUAUAGCCUGUUUAGCGUAUACAUAAAUCCGGGACUGGAUGAUAUGUGUAAAACUCAACAUAGGCCUGUUAUUUACAGUGAUACUUCUGGCACAUAGACUGAUGAAUGCUCCAGGGCCAGUCCAAGGGGAACCCAGUGGUAGAGCAUCUGUUUUGCCUGCAGAAGAUCAUACAAUCAUAGAGUUGGAAGGGACCCUGAGGAUCAACUAGUCCACCCCCACCCCCGCGGUGCAGAAAGAUGCAGCUGUCCCAUACAGGGAUUGAACUUGCAAUCUUGGCACCAGGCUCAAUCCCUGGAAUCGCCAGAUAGGAAUCUCAAUUCCUGUAGCCAGUACUAGGCUAGAUGGACCCAAGGUCUGAUUCAGUAUAUGGUGGCUUCCUUUUUGUUCCUGCCAGAGUGAGGUGGCUGUGAUGCAGCGAGCGGCUAGGGUCAGCCCCAUACCCUCCAGUCAUCACCAUCCACCUUAGCUAGUAACCCACUGGUGACCGUGCUCGCUUGCUGGUGGCCUGGCCUGGCUGGCUAGCUAGCUGCCUCCCACUUAAUAGCCAGCUUCCUCUUCAUAUGUCGCAGACAAUACUAUUCGGAGCUAGAGUAUGGUUACCAGAUUUUUUUCAAUGAAUCUGGGGAUUUUUUUUUUUUUUUGAAGCUGAGUAGCAACAGGGAGUCAGUAGUGGGGAUGAUGAGGUGAAAGACCCUGGGCCCAAGCAUACAUGCAAAUUGUAUAAAGCUGCAAAGCCCCUAUUUCGCACCCUGUGAAACAUUAAUGCACAGAGUUUUUAAAAAACCGGGCAAUGGCCGCCCACCCACAACUCCCGAGCCUCCCCCGAUCAGUCAGAACAAAGGGGGAAGGGGGCAGGAGAUCUGUACCACCGGACGUCCCCGGUUCCCCUUCUGCAGUGCCGCUCGCUGCUAUGGCGCCCGCCAAUUUGCCUCCCUGAAGUCCCCAUAUGAUGUGUCUUGUGCAUAACACAUCAUAUGGGGACUUCCGGCGAGGAAAAAUGGCGGGCGCCAUGGCAGCAAGCAGCUCCUGAAGCCAGCCAGAGCCAACUGCACUACCAGGCUGGCUCCAGGCUGCUGAGGCUGCCGCUGCCACAUUUCCCGGGAACAGAUUUGCAAAUCUGGGGACAUUCCGGGGACGGAAUUUGUCUGGGGACAGAUUUGCAAAUCCAGGGACUGUCCCCGGGAACCGGGGAUGUCUGAUAACCCUAAGCUAGAGAGGCAACCGUCCUGAGCCAUGCAGUUCAGCAGUCAGGAUGCCUUGGCUGGAGCUGCAUUCCUUUUGCAACUGCACUCUCCUCUCCUGUGGUAGACAGCAACUGGUAUUCAGAAGAACAGUGUUAUGUACUGAAUUGAAUAGGAUCCAAAUUGCAGCAGUCUGAUUGGUCCUAGAACAGUAGGAUUCAGAAUGCAGCAGUCUGAUUGGUCCUAGAACAAUAGGAUCCAGAAUGCAGCAGUCUGAUUGAUCCACAGGAGCCACCCAAUCCAACUCCAGGUGGAAGUGAAUCCGCAACCUGAUUGGCCUACAGGAGAAUCCCGGAACUAGCCAAUCACGUGGGGCCCAUUGUGUAAAUAAUGUAUAUAAAGCAGACAUUUUGGGGGAACUUCCAUUCCUCACUAAUAUGAGCUGAAUAAAGAGCAUGAAAUUCACACUCGACUCCGAGUAUAUUUCAAACAGUAUCCCAUUGCCAGUGUUGAGGUAAGGUUCAACUUACUUCCACGUGCCCUCUGCAUGCGGAACAGAGGGAGAGGAACCAGAUCAGGGCAGAUUUAGGACUGUGUGCGUGGUGCCAACCCAAUCCAAAUAAACUUUACCGGUCUUUUUUAAAUUAACUGAGUCAGUUAGCAACUUAGAGGACACGUAUGAUGGCAACUUUCUCACAAAUGUCCCUUAGAACGUAUACAGCUUUUUUCCUAUGCGUUUCUAUAUCCAAAACAAUAGGAUUGCCUCUGGAUAAUACUUAGCAAGUAUAUAUUGAAAAGUGAGCACUUCAAACGUAGCAUUUUAAGUAUUGGGCCUAAAUUGAAGGGGUUUUAGAGUAUUGUGAUGUCAUUGCCAUUCUCCACCACAACAGAGAUUAUUUUCCUCUACCCCCAAAACCUUGCCAAUCUGUAUUAUUUAUCUCGAGUGUUCUGACUCAGGUAUCACCAAGGCCAGCAUCUUAACAUGGUCACGACCAACCAGAGACAAUAGCAGUGCCUACGCUUAUAAGUAAUAACUAAAUGAAUGUGCUUGGUGGUGGCCUUGAAUGAAGCAAAUGUGCAGGACAGUGGAGAGGGUGGCAAGAGAACUUUUCUGUUAAAGGGGACCUAACUUAAUUUCCCAUUACCUCCUACCAUGUAUAGGCACUUAUAAGCGGGGUAGCUGCCUGAAUGAAUAAAGACCUCUGUUGCUAUGAUACUUUUUUCGCCUUAUAGAGGUGUAACAAAUAACUCCUGCAAAGUGUGAUAUGGGGAGGGUUAGGUCCGCCGACCUUGUAACGUGGGAGGGAAAUGUCUAAAUGUAAAGAACUAACAAUCAUAAACGUUAAUGUUUCUGGGUCUGUUAGCAGAGGCAGUAGGAAUGAGGGAAACGACAAAUCUAAUCAGCAGGCUUUCGGAAGAAUUCAUGCAGCAGUCACAAGCCUUACUCUGCUCUUACAGCCCCCACAGCCUCUCCAAGUGUCCCUAUUUUCCAGGGACAGUCCUGGAUUCACAAAAGUUUCUGAUUUGAUCCCAGAAUGCCCCACUUUUCCUUAAGACAUUCCUAUUUUCAUCGGAGAAAUGUUGGAGGGUUUGGAGUUAUUUGACUCCUGAACCAUCUGAAGGCAGCCCUGUAUAGGGAAGGAUGUUUAUUAUGUUUUUAUAUAAGUUGGAAGCCAUCCAGAAUGGCUGGGGCAACCCAGUCAGAUGGACGGGGAAUAAAUAAUAAAACUGUUGUUGUCGUUAUGGAAUAGGAUGUCCCUAUUUUCAUCGGAGAAAUGUUGGAGGGUAUACCCCCAUGGCUGUAGGGCAAGGAAGAGGAAAUUGCAGUCCUCCAGACUUUGUUAGACAGAAGCUCCCAUCAUCCUUGAUCACUGACAGUGCUGUCAGGGUCUGAUGAGAGCUGGAGGACCACAGGUUUCCUUGUGUCUAUCUUAGGGCAUGACCAAAAAUUGCAUUUUAAUGACCAUAUAAAACUCCAUAAUUACCUCAACAUGUUGUCCAGCUCCUAAAACCUAAGAGUUUUGUAUCUAUAUAACAAGAUCCUAGUAAUCAGUUGUGCAUGGCGUAUGUUUAUAUUUUGCAAAUACAGAUUUACUUGGGUUUGUGAUGCCAACUUUUAUCUUUAAAGCUGGAAUGCCAAGGUAACUAAGAUAAGUUGCAGAUGUUGCUGCAUACUUUCCCAUGAUUGCAACCUUGACCCAUGGCCAAAGAGACAUAACUGUCUGUGAGUCUUAUCCUUCAACAUUAAACUACUCCUUCAAGCAGACCACUUGCAUGAACAGUUGUUUGCAUGGACAAGCUUACUUGAAUAAUGCCUGCAUUGACUCUUGGACUGGAAAGUAGAGUACCCCAAUCAAAUAUCAUCAAAACCAUUAAUUCGUUGGGUGGCCUCAGGCAAGCUAGUUUCAGUCCACUUCUGCAAUAUGGGGAUCAUAAUAUCAGCCAACCUUACACAGUUGUUGUCCGCAAUACAGUGGUGCCUCGCAAGACGAAAUUAAUUCGUUCCGCAAGUCUCUUCGUCUUGCGAGUUUUUCGUCUUGCGAGGCGUUCGUCUUGCGGGGUACCACUGUACUAAGAGAAUACAUGUGAAAUAUUAUUAAAUGCAAAGCAUUAUCCCCUCCAAGUAUGAAGCCAUUGUAAGGCUUCAUUUAUUCAUGAUAACUCAGAUAGCUUAAUAAUGACUCACAUUGCAGUUCCAUAUUUUAUGAAACUAUUAAAUUUGUGAGACUGCCCAUAUUGAACCUUUUAGUAAAUAGUUGUGUUGGUCCUAAGCUUGAGAGUAACUCCAUUGCUCCUACUUUGUGAGCACUUGCCACAGUUCCUGCUUAGAGUAAUAAAAGUGACAGAAACUGAUAAAAAGUUAAUACUAUCUGCAAAGCCAUUAGUGUCAUGUUCAGGUAUCAGUAUCCAGAUUAUUUUUCCUAGCUGAAGAAUUGCGAUUCAAAUACUAUGUUACUCUGUUGCAGCAAGAACAACAAAAAGUCAUAAAUUUAUUCAAUUCCAACAGAUUCAUAGUGACAUGAGUUUCUGGGAAUCAGAGCCAACCAUCAAAUACAUGUUUUGGGCAUCAAAGUGGGGUGGGUGGGUAUCUUUUAGGUGGGGGGGAAAUGGUGCUGGUAUUCAUACCUUGAUAAAAGUGCUGUGGAUGCCAGCAAACAAUGGCUGCCAGAAGCAGCAGCAUAAAAAGACGUGCUGGUUCUCCAUACUGGUGAAUACAAAACAACCCCUUUGCAACGCUACAAAUCCAACUCAAUGGUGUAACAUUUGUUGUUGUUGUUGCUGUUGUUUAGUCGUUUAGUCGUGUCCAACUCUUCGUGACCCCAUGGACCAGAGCACACCAGGUACUCCUGUCUUCCACUGCCUCCCGCAGUUUGGUCAAAAAGUGUCAAUCUCUUUUCCUACCUGAGCAGUUAUCUUUCCACAAGAGUUGACAUUGAUGCUGAAAUCCAACAUCGCUUGAGCUCUGCGAGUGCAGCUUUCUCCUGAGUGAAGCACGAAGUGUUUGAGGACUGGGACAUUUGCAGGGAAAACAAAAUGCCUGCAUACAAAGUUAUUGUACUACCUACUUUACUGUAUCCUUGUGAAACAUGGUCCACUGACAAAUGUCAUCUCUAACUCCUUGAAAAAUUCCAUCAAUGGUGUCUCGGAAAAUUUUUACACAUCACUUGGGAAGACAGGCAAAUUAAUGUUAGUGUGCUGGAAGAAGCAAAGAUCACCAGUGUCGAAGCAAUGAUUCUUCAACAUCAACUUCGUUGGACUGGUCAUGUUGUGCGGAUGCUUGAUUAUCAACUUCCAAAGCAACUACUCUAUUCCCAACUCAAGAAUGGAAAGCAAAAUACCAGUGCACAACAAAAGAGGUUUAAAGAUGUUCUCAAAGCAAAUCUUUAAAAAAACACACAUAAGCACUGAUAACUGGGAAACACUGGCUUGCAAGCACUCCAGUUGGAGAACAGCCUUUGCCAAAGGUGUCAUGGACUUUGAAGAUGCUCAAACUCAGGAGGAAAGGGAGAAACAAGCUAAGAGGAAGGCACACUUGGCAAAUCCACACCGUGAUCAAGUCCUGUCCAGACACCUAUGUCCCUACUGUGGAAGGCCGUGUGGAUCCAGAAUUGGCCUCCACAGUCACUGACAGACUCACUGUUAAGACUGUGUUUAUGGAAGACAAUCUUACUCGGCUACGAGUGAUUGCCAAAGAAGAAGAAGAAGAACACCAUCUCAAAACAACAACAACAAAACAGCAACUGUGUGUGUGUGUGUGUGAGAGAGAGAGAGAGAGAGAGAGAGAGAGAGACCUUAUUAAAGAGGAUGCAAGGAAGAGUAUUUUUACAGAGCAAGGGCAAGCGAAGAAAGAGGUAGUAGUAGAUGCAUUACAGUUGAAUUUGAGCAGAGCACAAAUGAAUGCAGAAACCAGCAAGUGGUACCUGCAACAAAAUGUUGCAGUGUAGAGUGAACAAUUUAUAAUUUUACUCAGCCAGUCUGGAAGGACAUUUCACUCCAUUCCUUCUUCCACCUCUCCCCCCCCCCCGCCAGAGUGAUUAAGCAUUCUACGAAUCCUGAGCAUGCCCAGUCCUCAUCAACUUUUCUUAAUGAUUUUUACUAAAAUAUUUUUUUCUACUGCUUCAAGCCUCAGGGUUUCACCAAGCCUAUUGCUGUCAACUCUUGUGGAAGUGUGUGGUGUUGUUUUUGGCUGCAUAAGCAACAGCAGUCAUGCCUGUGAAUCAGAAAAAGUGGGAAUGAUUAAAUGAAUGAGUUCAAGAUGCUGUCAGCAUGGGUGUGAUCUACUUCUGAGGAGCAGCCACAACAGACGAAUAGGUAUAGCAAGAACAAUAGUGCAAAUAAACAGCUAAAAAGAGACAAAUGCUUUCGGUAAUGAGCUAACCACACGCCAUAGCAUCAGAACUGCUAAUGAAUUCCAAUUAGGAAGCUUCACGCUAGAGUUGCCUGCCUCCAGAGAGACUGAAAUGCCCCCUCACUGGUUUUGGAAACAGUCUAAAUGUCGUGAUGUGUGCCCAUUUAUUUUCCGCAGUUGAACCUGACCUAUUUGAGUUAUGCCAGUUGCUGAAGGGCAUUGUGGAAUCAUGAUGGCAUAUAUCGUGUUUGAAGAUAUGCAUGUGAACGAGCCUUUGGCACCUCUCAGGUGGGCUCCGUUGCCAUCCUAAGAGUACAAGGGAAGCAUUCACGGUGAGAUCCGGCACCUCUUUCCCUAGAAAAACAGCACUGACGAUUACGAUGUUGCUGAUGAUAACAACGCGGUGGACGGACACCAUUUGAAUGGCAAUGCAACUUUGGGGUGGGGGGUGACCCCCUCAAAUAAGUUAUGGGGGGCGCACAGGAAGACCCCUUGGCCAAUGGGCGUAGCUAGGAUUUUUGUUUGGUGGGGCAGAACCUCAGCUUUGUAUUGAUUUGUUGGGGGGCAGGCUUUUGUUGGGGGGGCAGAAUCUCAGAUUUGUAUUGAUUUGAAUUUAUUGGGGGUAGGCUUUUGUUGGGGGGGUUCAGAACCUCAAAUUUGUAUCCAUUUCGGUUGAUUUGGGGGGGGGGGGCUUGGCUGCGCCCAAGCCUCGACCCCUAAGAGUUGCCUCCUAUGCCUUACUUAGAGCGAUGCUCUGUCCUAUUAUAUAGUCAUACGCUCUGAAUACUCCCAAGCAUCGCUGCAUUACACUGGGGGGGGGGGUUGGACUAGAUGACCCUUGGGUCCCUUCUCAUCUCCACAAUUCAUUUUAGGCAGCCCUGCUGCCCCAGUUAAAAAAAAAAAAGCUCCUCUAUCCAUAAAUAGAGCCUUGCCUCUCCCAGGGCCGGAUUAAAGUUUGAUGAGGCCCUAAGCUACUGAAGGUAAUGGAGCCCUUUAUAUGCCCAGCUGUCCUUUGUCAACAACAAAUUGCCGCUGUUUUUGUGUGUGUUGGAUAUGUGCUAUAUAGUUAUUUAUGGACCUGAUAGGUAUCUAAAGCUAUUUGCACAUAACAAAUAGGAGCCUACACAACACAAAACACUGUUGCUGUAUGUAGGUUUUAUUUUAUUUGUUUUUUUUUUAAUCUUCUAUUUUGGAAAUGCACAUCCUGGGUUUUUUCCCCCUUUAAAUUUUUUGGGGGCUCCCAAGAGAGAAGGGGCGCUAAGUUAUAGCUUGUUUAGCUUAUACGUAAACACGGCACUGCUUCCCUCCAACUGGCGCCACGCGCCCGGAAUUUCCCGGACACGCGGCCGCGCAAAUCGGCGGGGCGGUCCGGACAAAUCCGGACGCGCCGUUUGUGAGGGUGGGGGGCCCCCGGUUUCAUUGGGGGAGCCUCUCGGAGAAGCGGGUUUUGCGAAAACGGAGACGGGCCACCUUUACCGCGGUGCUUCGGGGCGAGCGCCGGAGAAAUGAGGCCUCCGCCGACGCCGCCUCAGCCCGCCGCCUCCUCCUCCUCCCGUCACGCGCGCGCCUCCGAGGGGGACGAGCCAGGAGAGGGCGGCCUCGACGCGAGGGGAGGAGCCGGCCCGAGAGCGACGAAGGCGGAGGGAAAGAGAGAGAGAAGGGAGAAGCUAGAGAGACGCUGCGGCGGCCGCGGCGAAAGCACCUAGCCGAGCGUCGAGGCCCGAAGAGGCCUCCGUCGCCGGGAUGGAGCACCACCAGCAGCAGCCCGCCAGCCGGUACCAAGUGGUGAGUCGCGCCGCGGGGUCCUGUCAGCGGGUCGGCAGGGCGGGGUUGGGGUUGGGGUAGGCCGCAGGCCAACUCGAGGCCUCCCCUGGCCAGCUUGGGAGACGAGGCUGAGGAGGGGAGCCCUCCAUUGCCUCAGGCCUCCGGGGGCGAAUGGAAAGCGCGUACCUGGUGUGAGGCCUCCUCCUUCCUCGUCCUUCCCCCCCCUUUCCUCCUCUGCGCUUCCCCUUCCCUUUUGGCUGCCGCCCAGGUGAGCUUUUCGGAGCCCCCAGUCGAGGGGACGCCGAGGGUCAUCUAGUCCAGCCCGCGUUAGAAGCGGGAGGUCGCCGCUCGACGGCCCGUGGCUUUCGCCGAAAAAACAAAACAAAGCAAAACAUACUGGGCUUGGGGAAUAGGGAGCGAAAAGAGGAAAUGUUCCAAAUCGCGAGGACAAAAUGACACACCACCCUCGAUGUGAAAUAGUACACAAUGUAUUGUUGCGUCUUUGUAGGGUGGCUGGCGCGACCCCAAUCAGAUGGGCGGCGUAAAAAUAAUAAAGGCACAGUGGUACCUCGGGUUACAUACGCUUUAGGUUACAUAUGCUUCAGGUUACAGACUCCGCUAACCCAGAAAUAGUGCUUCAGGUUAAGAACUUUGCUUCAGGAUAAGAACAGAAAUUAUGCUCCAGCGGCACGGCGGCAGCAGGAGGCCCCAUUAGCUAAAGUGGUGCUUCAGGUUAAGAACAGUUUCAGGUUAAGAACGGACCUCCGGAACAAAUUAAGUACUUAACCCGAGGUACCACUGUAUUAUUAUUAUGGCUAUGAUUCGUGCUUGCCUUUCAAGAGCAGACCUUUCUAUGCUACGGUGGAGUUCAAUGUUACCUCUGAUUCCACCACAGGGCUGCAGUAAUAAUAAUAAUAAUAAUAAUAAUAAUAAUAAUAAUAAUAAUUUAUUAUCUAUACCCUGCCCAUAUGGCUCGGUUUCUCCAGCCACUCUGGGCGGCUUAAAUGCUGCCAUGCUCCCUUCAGAGGUCAACACAGUGAGGUUGGGUUUGUAGGGCUUCCCGCCACAACAGUAUUUCAUCACCUGCCUUGCCUUUCGGUGGAUAUGAUUGCAUCAAUGAAUCGAUUCAUGUGAAUUCAGUUCCUACCCAAAGUUUUACUUUAAGCCCUUUCCCUGCCCGCCCUCGGUUGGUGAAGGGAGCGAGAGGGAACUUUUAUGAUUCAAUAAGCAGGUGAUGAUGCUUUACUUUUGCCAACCGCAGACAGCCUUCAGUGCUGUCACUUCCUGUUCGGCUACAGUAGCAUUCAAUAUACAGUAGUACAGUGGUACCUCAGGUUACAUAUGCUUCAGGUUACAGACUCCGCUAACCCAGAAAUAGUACCUUGGGUUAAGAACUUUGCUUCAGGAUGAGAACAGAAAUCGUGCUCUGGCAGUGCGGCAGCAGCGGGAGGCCCCAUUAGCUAAAGUGGUGCUUCAGAUUAAGAACAGUUUCAGGUUAAGAACGGACCUCCAGAACAAAUUAAGUACUUAACCCGAGGUACCACUGUACCUCGUUUUGAGUCCGCCCUAACAAGCGUGUGUGCUGCUUUCGAAGGGCCGCCAAUGAAAAUGGCCUACACCCCCAGCGUUUGAAACGCCCAUUGUUCGAGGCACGUUUUGCGACAGGGAAUUUCCUUAGCGCGAGCGGUUUCUGAGCUCUGCACAUAAGAUUUCAGAUUAAAACUGCAGAGUGACCUUAUUUUGCUUCCCCGCUUCCAGCUACUCUAUGAAGACUGGAGAAGACAGCCUCUUAAGAGUAUUAAGAGGUGGGCAGGGGAAGGACUAGACCAUGUGAAAAAUGAACAUAAUAUUUUAGCUGCCGUUCAUUCCUUUUCAGCUUUGUAUACUUGUUAUUAAAAAAAAAAGCGCGCCUAGAUAUUCCAUUGUGGCGCCCAUAACCUGGGUUUAUGGUGCCAUUGAGCUCCUAGCUUUCAUAUCUCAAGUUUCUAACACUGCCUACACCAAUGAAUCAGGCAAAGCUUCAGUUAAGAAAUCUACUGAUUACCCGUGAAAACCUUGAAGCCUGUAAAACAACAUGCAGUUUCCAGCUCCAGCUCUUAUUCUUAAUGCCAUACCUAUACCACUCUGGGGCAUCCCAGACCUAUAUUGCUUGGUAACACUGAAGAGUCCAUAGGCGCACAAUUUCUCUUAUUAAAUGAAGAAACGACCAAGCACAAUGCUUUUUCGGAUUUCUGUAUUGCAUUUGAAAGUGAAUUUUGUAAUGGAGAUAAGUGGUCCGAAGAAAGGAAUAUGUAUUGGCAACAUACUGGCAUAAUAAAACAUACUCUCAUGGAAUCAGGUUCUCUUUAAAUUUCCUCUAAUUGCUUUUUAUUUCACAUUGAGGAUGAUCAUGUAGUUUUGUCAUUUCGUUGCUUCAUAUUUCAUAUUUUUGCUACCUAUUUCUGAAAUAUUUUUUUUCCGUGAAAGCCACUCGUUAUUGACUGCCAUCAUAACUAACACUUUUAUUAGGGUCUGAGGCUUUGGAACAAAUCCCACCUAUUUUAUUUCCUCAAGAUGGUACCUACUGCCCUCUAAAUAGAAGGAACUUAGCUGAAAUACGGUGGGGGUGGGGAGUAUUGUUUUAUACCAGGAAUACUAUCAUAAUAGAGAUGUUUGAUGUCAGCUAGCAAGCUGAGAGAGGAAAAUGUUGGUGUACAUAUAGUAUGCCAAAUGCCAGUCAUUUCUCAACUUAUAUGAGCAAUUUUAUCUAAAAAUGAAGUAAAAGAGAGAUUUGUUCCUUGCCAUUAUUAACAGAUUUUUUCUACAUUGUUUCAAUGAUGCUCCCAAAUUUUUUGCCAGUACCUCAUGGAUGUCUUUUUGGGGGUCAGUUUGAAUGCUCUUGGGUCCAGAUUGGACAAAAGAUGUGAAACCUACAUCCCCAAACUGGAUGUUACCUAUUCUUUGCUGCUGCUUUUACAUAAUUAAGGUGUUUUUCAGUGAUGGGUAAGCAUUUUACUAGAAACGUAGACUAUUAAAAAGAACCUACCUCAUUCUAGAUGUUAAUGACCACUCCUUAUCUGUAAACUAACAUGCCGUAUUAGUACAAGUCUUUGGAUUCUUACAUCUCUCUGUAGGGAAGGGCUGGAGCUUAGUGGUAGAGCACUUGCAUUGCAUGCAGAAGAUCCCAGGCAUAUCCAGGCAGGGCUGGAAAUGUCCCCUGUCUGAAACGCUGGAGAGCUGCUUCCAGUCAAUGUAGAGAAUACUGAGCUAGAUGGACCAGUGGCAAGGACUCACUAUAAAGCAGCUUCCUAUAUUUAGGAUGAGUGAGCCUCAACUUUCUGAAGCUCCACCCUAUAAAAUGUUGUGCCCUGAAAUAAGGAAUAUAUCUGAAUAUAGUAAAAGAGCUCAUAUUUUGGAAUAAAAGUUAUUCCGGCAUUGUGAUUUUAUUAUGGUUUGCAAACCAUUUUGAGAAUUGCUGAGUAAGAAUGCUGGAUUUAAAUUUAUAAACAAAAGUAUUUGGCAAAAAGUUGCUUUGGACUUCGCUAUUUCUUUAUAUUUCUCUUUGCUUUGAAUACACACAGUCCCUGGAAAUGUGACUAUAUACAAAGUGUACUUCAAACAGUGUGCAUUAAAACAUGCUUAAAAGCAGAUCUUUGCACAUACAAGAUUUAGAACCAGAGCAUCUCUUACCCUGUGCCUCAUUUUAUGAAUGGAAAGAGUGUAAAGCUCAAUGUUUCUUAGAAUGUUUCUUUCACCCCUGCUGAACCUUUUCUGUAAGCAGAUAAUAGCAUUUGUUUGUGCUGGGAAACCGUAGGUGGUUUCUUGAUUCUGCUGGAGGCAGCUGUAGUUACAUCAUAGGUGCCUUUAAGGAUUGGCUGCUUGCAGAACUUAAGGAACUAACCACAUAGCACUUAACUUGUUCCUUCCUUGGCUUAUCACAUGAUGGACGAUUUUGGCAUGGAGCAACCCUUAAAGCAAACUCCUUUGCACUUAUUGCUUUUGCUUGUUUGUUAUUGCUCAUGGCAAGUAGAAAUUAAGGGUGUUAAAACAAUUUAAAAGAAAAAAAAAAGAAACAAAGAAAUAGGCUUAUAAUUGGAUAUGUUCCAGUCAUUAAAGCAAGUAAAUCAGAAAAACAUAACCCUUGGCUUGCAAAUGAAACUUUAAUAGGUAUUAAUGAAAUGAUGUACUGUAAGACUUCCCCCAUGCCUCUGAUUUUAGGUUACAUGCUGAUGUGGUUUUAAAUCUGAUUGCUCAUGCACAAUAUACAAAAAGGUAUACCCUUUCAUGCAUAUUUUGGGAAGAGAAAGUAAGGAGUAUUUUGGGGUGCACAUAGAUAUGCAUAGUUUGAGUGAGGAAACUGCUGCAGAUCUGUACUUACCCUUUCUUCAGAAAAUCAAGCUCAGAAAGAACUAUUCCCCUCCUCCCCCAAGCAGAAACUGACUAUACAGAUUGAAUCAAGUCACUUCCCAUAUUUGGCCUAUAUAUUGGGAUGGGAAAUUGGUUGCCACCCAUUGACUGUAACUCCCCAUUAGCCAUGAAACUGAUGGGAGGUGGAAUCCUAAUUCUGCUGGAGAGCCAUAGGUUCUCCAUCCCUGGCCUAUGACAAUAUUUAAAGUUUAAUCUUCUCUCCCCAAAAACAUUAGCUUACGAAAUGGAAAGUGGCAAGGGAAUGGUUCCCUAGAUGUCUUGACUUUUUGAAAACUGAAAGCCUGCCCACACCAUAUGCGUAUGCGGGAGGCAGGCAGCAAGGGGUACGCCUGAAAAUUGAUGUACCAUUUGAAGUAUUUUGUCACUGGCCACUUAAACCCUUAGUUCUUCCCCUUGCUCCCUUCACCCCUCCCAUCCUUAACUAAUUGCACUGCUGUUACAGUCAGCUCCAGAUACUCCUCCUUUGUAUUACAUUUCUCUUUAAAAAACAAAACCACCCAACUCUUACUAUGCUGUAUAGGGAAAGCUGGAAAUUUAUGCUGGAUUUGUUCCUCCUGUAUACCGGUUAUGUAUAUCAGCUUUUAGUAUCUGUGCGCAUUAUGAAUAUGACCAAUUAGUAGUUCACAAGAUGGCUUUCCACACAAUCGCUGGUUGAAAUCUCUGACCUAGGCCAAAUGUUUCUCCACUUCAAUUCCUUGACUUCAGUAUAUUAAUUUUACUGACCUAGUUUACAGGAAUGCUGUAAGGGUAACUGGUUGAGCAUUAAUUAGCAUUCUAUAUAAGAACAUAAAGACCUGCUGGAUCAGUCCAUUGGCACAUCUAGGCCAGCAUCCUGUUCUCACUGUGGCCAACCAGAUUCCUGUGAGAAACUAGCAAGCAGGAUUUCAAGCACAAGAGCACUCUCCCCCUCCUGUGGUUUCUUGUGGUACUCGGAAGUGUUGCUGCCUCGACUGUGGAGUGAUGUAAAAAUUGGGGUUUGGCUUUUGCUGCCAAAUUCCCCAUGGGACUCUUGAGUCCCCUAAGUCCAUGAUCGGUCAGAGAAAAAUGGAUGGAGGCUGGAUCCAGUGGAAAGCAAGGCAGAUACUUAUUUUUCUGUUCCAAGGAGGGAGACAAAAGUGUGCAGGAACCUUUAAAGACUUUUGACAUUGCCCAACCCCCUUAGCCAAAGACCACCCCAAAAUCAUCAUACAGUGAGGGAGGAAAGUAUUUGAUCCCCUGCUAAAUUUGCCCGUUUGCCCUCUGACGAAGAAAUGACCAGUCCAUAAUUUUAAUGGUAGGUUUAUUGUAGCCGUGAGAGACAGAAUAACAACAGGAAAACCCCCAGAAACCCAGAAGACAAAAGUCAGAGAUUUAUUCUAUAUUUGAGACCUUAGAAUUCUUAUAACAGGAGGCAGAGUAUGGUAGCCAUCAAUAGAUUAUAACUAUGAUGGCACUCCUCUUUCUAUACAGUAGUGUUUUGCAAGGUUUGCUUAUUUUUGUAUGAAUAACUUCCUGGGGUGUCAUCAUUCUAAUACUUGCUCCAUUUCAAGCAAGUUCCUUGUAUCACAGUUGCUCAUAAAUGCAUUGAGGAAGUGAGGCAACUGCUGCAUCUAAAAUCUAUAUGGACCUUGUAAGCAACCUGGCUGAUCAACUAUUUAGAAAACAGGAAGGAAAUACAGCAUACAAUGUCCUAUUUCUCCCUUUACUUCUAUUACAUAACAAAAGAGGGAGAAGAGCAGGGGGGAGAAUGUUUUUUCAGCUCAAGGGCUUCACUGCCUUGUAGGCAUUGGCAUGGAGAGACAACUAUGGCAGUGGUGGGAGUGGCCAGAGUCAAAACGUGGGUAGGGACCAUGGCAAAAGUGGGUAAGUGGGUGGAGCAAGAUAUGUGACUCUUACCAAUGGCGCCAUGAGUCAGUGUGUCCGGCUGUUAAGCAGAAAGUUGAUGGUUUGAGCCUAACCAGGUGUGGCUGUGGGCAGGAUUCCUGCAUUGCAGGGGGUUCGAUUGUAUGACUCUCAGGGUCCCUUCCAACUCUAGACUUCUACCUUUGUACAGUAAGCUGCAUAAGCCAGAUGUUUCUAUCUGUCUCCCUCUCUCUCACACACAGGAAAGCAAGGGGCGUUAUCACAGAGAGCAAAUUCCAGCCAGGUAAAAGCACUCAAGGAAAGCAUGGAGCAGGACUGGGGGAAGGGGUGUGGCCUGGUUUGAGUCCUGAGGGACAGAUCAGGAGUCCUAGUGGGCCAUAUGUGGCCUCCAAGCCUUCACCAAGCUUCAGAACAGAACUCACUACUAACUAGUGAAAAUUCAGUAGAUAUCUGCUGUCUCACUUUUGACAUAAUUCCGUCCAUGUUAUAUGAUAUGAUCAACCUCACUGUGAAAUUUUGAACCGCAGCCAAGAAAAUCUGUAGGUUGUAUAUCUGAAUGUGAUAGGCUUGAGUUGGUGAAAGGGGCUUGUGCUACACUUGGAAUCAAUAAUGUAUUUCUGUCUAUUACUGUGAAUGUGGGAAAUUUACAGGGUUUUUUUAAAACAGAUUUUUGUUGUUAUUCUGAAUAUAGGAAACCACAAGUGAAGGGGGUCACCAAUAUUCAGCAGCAACUGGCAACUUUCCCAGUUUCUGAAGCUUAUAGUAACAAUCAUUCACUUUGUCUGUUGCAAUAGUGUUUGAACUCUGUUCCAGUGAUUCCGUGGAAGGCUGUUCAGGGUUUUGUAAAGGUGGACAAGCUUCUCAGUAAGGUAGCUUCUGCAGCGCUACCGAUCUUCUCCUUCAGUUUGCAGCAAUAGAGACAGUGAGAUUCACUCUCAGUUCACAUGGUGCCUAUCAAGAUUGGCCCAGGGCCCUUCCUUCAUUUGUGCCCUUGAACAGGGCUGACUUCAGUUUUCAUCAUCUGUGCUUUUUUUUACUAGAAUUCUUAUGCUCCCCCAAUGUGGGUUUUACAAAGCAAGAUUUGGGCAUAACUUAAUCUGUACGUAAAGUUUUUCAGCAAAGAUAAAUUGCUCAGUCCUCCUUAGAUGGGCAUUCUUGCAGGAAUUCCAGCAGGCAGUAAUAAGUCCAUCAGAAGUUAGCUAGGAUUCCAAGGGGGAGCUGCCAUCCCUCCCCUCAUAAAUCCUAGAACACUGCAGAAUUCUCUGCAACACACAAGUGUUGCGGAUUAUUCUUUCUUUCUUUCUGCUGAGAAAGUAGAUGGUUUAAAAGCUUCUACCUUGUUUGUCAUUCCCAUCUGCAUUCCGUCACACACAUACGAGUAUCACUUCCAAUGCAAUAUUAUCCAAGUCUGAUGAGAAGUCUUCUGAGUUCAGUGAAACUUGCUCCCAGAUAAGGGUGAAUAGGACUGCAGCUUUUCUUUCAUUUGUGGCUAGAUCAAAUAUCACAGAGGUGGGGGGGGAAUAGGCACACCACUCAAAAAUGUAAGAUUGCUUAUCAUUAUUGUUGUCAAUGUUUCCAUCUGUGAAACAUAAAUGUAAAUCAAGCUGCUGGGCUAAGAUUUUCAUCUUGCUUCCCUGCUUCCUUUAGAAGUAUGUAGUUCAGAGGGCAGUGCUUGGUCUUCUGUUGCCCCCCCCCCCGUCAGUGAAUUCACUGUUCAAGGAAGCAGGGAUGGUUAAAAAAAAGUUUAAUGUUGGUCAAAGCAAUAAACCAGCAUGGUGUAGUGGUUAAGAGUGGUAGUCUCGUAAUCUGGUGAACCGGGUUCGCUUCCCCGCUCCUCCACAUGCAGCUGCUGGGUGGUGACCUUGGGCUAGUUACACUUCUCUGAAGUCUCUCAGCCUCACUUACCUCACAGUUCGUUUGUUGUGGGGCAGGAAGGGAAAGGAGAUUGUUAGCCGCUUUGAGACUCCUUAAGGGGAGUGAUAGGUGGGAUAUCAAGUCCAAACUCCUCCUCCUCCUCCUCCUCUUCUUCUUCUUCAGAAGUGCUUUCUUUGUCUACCAGAAUUCUGGAAAUUAUUCUUCCUUAUUACUAAAUACAACUCAAGGAAUAACCCAAGAAGCAAUAAAGUAGAGCUGGGAAAAUCUACUCUUUCCUACAGUUCACCCACACAGCCUGCUCUUAUUUAGUAGAAUCAUGGUACCAUAAAGUUGCAUGGCACCUCCAGCGGUCAUCUAGUCCAUCUCCCUGCAAUGCAGGAAUCACAGCUAAAACAUCUGCUUAAAAACCUCCAAGGAAGGAGGAUCCAUCACCUUCUGAGGGAGUCCUUUCCACUGUCAAACAGCUCUUUCGGUCAGAAAGUUUUUCCUGACGCUUAGUUGGAAUCUUCUUUCUUGUAACUUGAAUCUGUUGGUUUAGGGCCUGCCUUCCAGAGCAGGAGAAAACAAGCUUGCUUCCUCUUUCAUGUGACAGCUUUUUAGAUAUUUGAAGAUGGAUAUCAUAUCUCCUCUCAGUGCCCUCUUUUCCAGGCUAAGCAUUCAAAGCUUGCUCUGUACAAGCAGCAAGAUUUUGUUCAGUGGGAGAAAUUUGACUCUGCGGUGGGCUUCCUACAUAUUUUUUAUCGGCUUCCCCCAAAUCUGGUUCCCCAAAUGCUCAAAUCAGCUGGAGCUUUGCACAUGCCCUAUAAUAUGUUUGUUUUGGCUUGACUGUGAGUAAUGAGUGUGGCUCUGUUGCAAGAAACAGAAGGAAGUUACAGUAGCUGAAACUAAGUAUCACUCCAGCCUACUAUUCUCCAAGCACAGAGUGGCUCAAGCUAAGUAUUGGUAGAUACUGACAAAUAUUCUCCCUAUAUUAGCAGUGCUGCACAGGGAAGUUCCUUGUCUAUAAACGAUACACAUAAGGAAUCAUGUAACUACAUACCUAACUGGUUAGUUAAAAUAACUGAGGCAGCCCCCGCAGCAAGUACCAACUCGCAGUGAUUAGAUUACUGGGAGUUAUUUUACAGUUAUUGAAAAAGUGCUUAUGUUCUUAGAUGGCUUAUAGAUGUUUUAAAUUGUCUUAACAUUUUGAUGUUUGCUGCCCUGGAAGGAAGGGUAGGGUGCAAGUUUAAUAAAUAUUAAUGAAGAUAAUAUUCCUUGAAGUAGAAAAAGUUGUGUACUAAGAGCAUGGUCCGAUUGGCAAGAGACCUGUCUUUUGCCUCCUUUCUGGCAGGAGGCCAGAAAUUAUAUUGUGAUGACAAAGGAUAACUUGCUACCUGUGUUCUUUAAUGCUGUGCCUCUUAAGCCCAGCCCUGCCCUUAAUAAGAUCAGCCUCUGUGUCAGAGCAAAGCAGGGUUGGUAUUUGCAGAGUAAUCAUGCUUGUUGCAAUGAAAUCUGUGGUGCACAAUUGUUUCUUGCAUAGAAACAUGAGUAGAUCUGGUAACACUUCAUAUCUUCCCACAAUUUGCAUAUAUAUUACAACACCCCCCCCCCCAAAGUUACAAAAGUGCAUUUUUUAAAAAGUUCAGAACAGAAUUUUAUUUUUCAAACAACUGUGCAUUUCAUGGCACAGGAAUUUGGGUUUCAUGAAACAGAAUACCUGGGGUCACUAAGAAUCCAGUGCAUUGCUUAGUAUCUGUCUUUGCAUUUAACACUCUGUGCAACCCCAAAAGGCAUAACGUCAGCAUGUUGAUCUCCAAAUGUCCAAAGCAGAAAGUAAAGUAUGGUGUUUGAAAUAAAACCCCCUAAAAAGAACAGACACCACAGAGCUAAACUGUGUGUGAGAAGCUGCAGUAUUGUGAAAUACUAUACACUUUCAUGUGUGCAUGGUGUAAAAUCAUAUGCUGUGAAUAAUGUGAGGACGUUCAUCUGGACAUGAAUCUAGGGUUGUGAAAUGUAAGUGCUCUGGAUGUCUAAUCAUUAGGCCUAGAUGUCUGCAAAGUAAAACUUGUGUAAAUACGUCUGUAUAUAUAUGGUUUUCUUUGUAGAGGGCAUCUUCAUUGAACAUAUGAACAUUGGGGUUGGGGCAAGUGGUAUCAUGUGACCUCAGGGUGCUUUGAGACAUUGUCUGUACAGCCCUGUUGUACACAAACACCCCUUCACAACACUGUGAAAUCAGGGAUGUUUGUUAGAUUUUACAGAGCUUUUAAAUUUUGGUAUAAGGUCCCUUUUCAUCAAGGGACAUCAGGAAAGGCUUGAGGAAUUGGAAGGUGUCUUGCAAUGCUUUCACUUACAGGAUAAUGCUUUUUGAGUGCUGUUAUAUAACCUUUUUGGUUGUAGAUUGAGUGGUGGAAUUUUUCAACUCUUGCUCAAGAGGAGGACUUUAAAACAGUCAAUGUGAUCUGAUGUUAGUUGUUAGUAGAAUUACUUCUGACUCGCACAAUGCAAGCAGUGUAACUGCUGAUAAUGAACAAGUUAUAGUACAGUUCUUUUUAUCUCUUUAGUUCAUAUCACGUAAGUGCAUACUAUAACUAGCCUCUUGAACGUACCUAGAUGAAUCAUAAUGUAAAUGCAGAUGAAUCACAACCUGGCAAACAGAAUGAGCUGUAUAACAAGAAUUCAGAAAAAGAACAAGCACCAAUUUGAUGACAAGAAUUUACACUUCUUGAGGAAAUGGUAAAUGGCUGCAUCUCAACCAUUUCUGAAUAUAUAUAUUUUUUAAAAUCUGGGCAGCUACAAGUGGUUUGCAUAACCCUUAUUUUCUACUAUCAUGGCUUGUUCUGGCUUCAUAUUCUGAAACUAGGACUUUGUAGACAUAGUGAAAUAAUUGGAAGAUUUUCAGGCAAAUCUGAAAUGUUAUUGUUGUUCAUAGGAAACUCGUGCUUCACACUCUGGACUAGUAUUUGAAUCAACCAUAAUUACACAUUAUAGGGCCUAACAUCAAGGGUUGUUAGAAGAUUGCCUAGUACAAGCUACAUAAUAAGUCGCAAUACAUCAAAGGUGCAAUGAAUUGGACUUUGCUCCCAAUUAUCUGUCAGGAAGAGGGCAGUUGACAGUUUAGGCAAUGUUCUGUGAUAUUCUGAAAUAGCACAUUGUUAUCUACAUAUCAUGAAAUGGUUUCAUAUAUUCUCACCCAUUUACUUUGUCUGGGUCUAGUUGAUCCUUAUGUUCUCUUAGGAAAACUCUCAAAUGCACCCCUUCCCCCAAUACACACAAUAGGGUGAUGGUGAAACACUACAGUACCUUUCAGCCUUUUAUUAUGGGCAAAUACUUGUAAGUAGUACAUGUUUUUUUGGGAAAAAACAUUUUACGUACUUGCUGCCUUUUGGGAGAGGCAGGAGGUGAGUACAGUGGUUCCUCGAGUUACAAACGCCUCCGGUUACAAACGCUUCAGGUUUCAAAGUCCGCUAACCUGGAAGAGUUACCUCGAGUUGAGAACUUUGCCUCAGGAUGAGAACGGAAAUCAUGUGCUAGUGGUGCAGCGGCAGCAAGAGGCCCCAUUAGUGAAAGCACGCCACUAGUUAAGAACAGUUUCAGGUUAAGAACAGACCUCUGGAACAAAUUAAGUUCGUAACUAGAGGUACCACUGUAGUAUGGUUAAGUCCAGAUUAGGAGUUACUCUUGUUACUGGUUUCUCUUUAGUCAUUACUUAAUAAAUUGUAUCGGAGUAGAUGAAACAGUUCCCUGAAUGUAUUUGUUUUUCUUAAAAGCUUCACAAUGAAGAUGAUCUUCCAGAAUCAGCAGUGGCUGAACAACCUUCCACCUCUACAGAAACUGCACCAGCCUCUCAAAUGGAGGCAUCUUUACCUGAAGAAGAUACUUCACCUCCACCUUACUGUAGUAUUGCUGCAGAAGCAGCUGCAACAGCAGGUAUUUCCUUUCAUUUAUAUAACUUCAGAUAUUUUUAGCAAUGCUGGAGCAGUAAAUAUAGCUUGAAUAAUCUUUUCAGAAGCAUGUGGUGCCAUCAUCUCUUCAUGCUUCGUUCUGCUGCCCUUUAUAAAAUAUGAUCUGCUCUUUUCUUUUUGUACAGGACCCCAAAUGACUUUGUGCUUAAUAGAGCAAAUAACCAGAUUAAAUUAAUGUUCUUUGUGAUAUGGAUUUGUCUUGGAUGCCUUUCUGUCUAUGUAUGAUAAGGCUAGCAUGUCUUAUUUGAUUAAACUUGGUCCACAAUCCUAACAGGGCAGAGAUAUGAGGAAUCAAUUGUACUGAUAAAUAUAUAAAACCACCCUCACUCAGUAUUUCUAGCUAUAAGAAACAAUACAGCAUUCUUAAAGGCUUUAUAGACUUGUAGUUCUGACUAAUGAUUAUUUAGCCUCUAAAACAUGAGUUGAUGUGUGUGUUGUUUUUUUUAACAGAAAUGGAAUCGCCUAAUGACUUUUACCCUGUGCCACCUCCAUACAGUGUAGCUACCUCUCUUCCCACUUAUGAUGAAGCGGAGAAGGCCAAAGCUGCAGCAAUGGCAGCUGUUGCAGCAGAAGCAGCAGCAGCUCAAAGAGUGAGUGAGCAAUCUGUGCGGCAUGAAAACAUGCAAUUUUGAAAUACGUAACUUUGGAUUGGCUUCAGUAUAUAUUGGAUAAAAAUCAAUUUCUGAAGCAAACUUCAUUGACACUUGCUUAGCUUGUUAAAGGAGAUAGUAGCUAGCUAAAUGAAGGUGGGGUUUGUUUUUAUUAUUUGUACAAAGCACGAGAAUGUUUCUGUAGCACUUUAUGGAGUAAAAAAAAAAAGACCCGUUGACUGCUUCAAGCUUUCUUUCAUGCUUAAUAUUCAUGAACUCAGUUCAUAACUAAUCAAACCAUGCACAGCCCACCAGCUACAAGAGCUCAGUAGUCCUUUCUACUUUGUAGACCUAGAGAGGCAACAAGAGUAGCUCCACUCAAUUCUUGGUGGGCCACCAUAUGCAGUGGUUAAGCUGCAUUUAAUCUGAAGGGACACCAGUUACAAUGCUAGAGAGUAAGUAUAUGUCACAGUACAAAACUACAGGUACCUGGCUGCAUGCACAUGCUUAAUAAUUUUGCUGGCACAUAGGAAUUUUUGCAGGUUUUUAUUCUCAUUCUUGUUCAAGAUUGGUAUUAUUUAUAUAUAUGUAAAACUACGGUAGUGCAUAAAUAUUUGAAAUGUUUUUCCAUCUCUGAUGUCAUUGUACUGGGCUGUAGGUGGUAUUCAACUAAAUAGCUGUGCUGUUACAAGGAGAUUUCCCUUCCCCACCUCCUUACAUGCACCUUGUACCACCCCAAAUCUGCUAUACAGGGUUGGAGGAAUCCCCAAAAUUGAUUUAGGGGGUGCAGGUACCAGGAGAAAUCCUUGCAGUGAUGGAAUGUUUUGGUUAGCUCUACAUUGAAUGCAACAUAUUGUAUUUAUCUGAAUGAAAAGACAUUUGCUUACUUAAACAAACAAACUCACUCACUCACUCACUCUUACACUUAAAUGGGGGUAGCAUUGGAAACUUCCUGCCGUUUUUAACUACUCUCAAAUCUUAUAAAUCGGAUAAGAAAGUGUUUGCUCAAAUACAGGGGUUUGCCAUCACAGUAACAAUGUGAUAUGCUAUCUCAGAUAAAUGUUAAGACCACAGAAAGCUGUUUUAGCCUGUCUUUUGACCCCAGUUGCCCAUUUGUAAAAGCUGUUGCAUACUGUGUAGUAGAACACCUUUUGGUGUGACACUUUCCUCGUGAGUUUUUCAUUUCUAAUCGGACCAAAUAGCAAUUAUCUAUUUCCAUGCUAAAAUUCAAUGCUUCGGAAGUAAGUCCCAUUGUACAGUGGGGCUUGCUUCUGAAUACAAAUGUAUAGAAGAGCCCUGUCAGUAUUUGAAGUACUGGAUCUCUCUCUGUGAGCUAUUUUCAAUUCCUUUUAUAUUACAUUACAUUUAAAUUAUAAUUUAGUUUGCUAGAAACAUUGCUUGAAUGUUUGACUUGUACUGAAUGGCUUAACAUUCCUUUAGUUCUUCUGUCUUAUUUUCUUUACAUGCUUAGCACGGCCAAUUUAGGGAGUCUAGGAGUCUGUUUGAUGAAAUAUUCCUGAGCCCACCAGAGGUAUGAAACAGUUCUAUGAAGUUUAGAUUUUGCAGUGAGUUUUCUUCCUGCCAAGCAGAAACAAAUGAAUUUCUCAAUGCCUUCACUCGAUGAACUUGCCGCAAUUCUAAUAUCACAAUGCUGUAUGAAGAUUCUCAUUAGUUUUCUAUAAAGACUUAAAUAGAGAUAAGGACUACGGAGCACAUUGGGACUUACGUUUAAUUGUAAGCAUGCAUGAGAUUCUGCUGUUAUGAAAAUAUCCUUUCAUCUGCUAUAGUAGUGGAAAUAAAUUUGAAAACAUGAGGGAAAUAACCAGGAAUACCUGGUAAGCUGGGCAUCCUUGCUCUAGAAGAGUCUUCACUGUGUGCCUUGUACCACAGCUCCCAUCAUCCCUGACUAUUGACCAUACUGGCUAUGACUGAUGGGAGUUCUAGUCUAAAACAACUGGAUAACAUCAGUUUGGGGAGCACUGAUCAUGGUCAUUCAAACUAGUAUCAUUUCUGUGGGCAAUUGAGCCUCCCCUGUUUUAGAGUGUAUCUUGCUGUGAACAAGGUUUCUGCCUUUGGAUUGGAUAUUGUUGCAAUUUCCAAUAUUUGGGGCUGGGGUUGGAGUGGGAAAUGUAUCCAGUAGGAAGGAUGAAAGGAAAUAAAAUGCAAUACUUGCUUUCGGUUCAUUGAGUUUCUGUGAGGUGUUACUACGCAGCACCUUCAUGCUUCCAAAUGAUGAUUGUUUGGUACUUCUAAAAUAUCAACAAAGGUGUGUUUAGGCUAAUUUCUGUCAAAUACUUGUUUAUGCUGCAGCUACUAAACAUUACCAGGCAGAACGCAAAGCAAAUAUAUGUUUGUUAUAAUGUCUUUCCAUAUAGUCAAAAUAGGUAUAAUUUUCACUAUUAUAUAGUACAUACUAGCAAGUAAAAAAAAGAAAGAAAAGAUGAUGAAUAAAUAUCUCUUUAAUGUAGGGACGCCAUACUGCUGCUUUACAUUGCAAUGGUAUGAGCAACAAAACUAUGGUACCUCAACUGAAGUUGUAUUUUUUAGGAUGUUAGCACCCUCUGCUGUCUGAUAGCAGCAAAGCUUUUGAUUUAGAAUAUUCAUUACACACUUGUCUUACAUUGGACAAUUACAUGAGCACAUGUUGAAUAUCUCAAUAGAGCAGCUAGAAUCAAUGAGAUUUAAGUUCAUAUUAUUUAGUGGGAAUUUAGAGAGAGUCCCUGGGGCUGCUGCAGCAUUUUAAAUAAUGCUCAAUAAUGUUCUAUAUGCAUCUUCAAAAUAAAAUAUAUCCAGGAAUGCAGUAAAAUUAGGGGUUCUCCAGCUUCUUUCAUAACAAAGUUCCCUUAACAAAAAUAAUCUUCAAACUUCCCAAAGUGCCACUAAGACAACAGAAAAACAAUGACUUGAAUCCUUGGAAGUUGCUGAGUGUCUUAGCUGUAGUUCUAACUUCUGUGCAUUUUGAUCUAACGCUAAAAUACCAACUGGAUAUCUUCUGACCACCUACUUUAUUUACUGAAGAGCAGAAGCCAGAAGUUAAGACUUGAAGCCCAAGGCUAGUAAGCAUAGGGAGCAGGUUAAACAUUGGGCUUUGGUGGAGUUUCAUUGCGUCUGUCUCUACAGCGGAAAUAAUUUUCCCGGAACUGAUUUCCUUUUCAAUACAGAAGUUGGGGAACCAACUUAGACCUUUCUGCAGUCCCUCAGUAAACUAUGGCUCCUCGUUGAGACACAUGCUCAACAGAAUCUAAAAUCUUAAUUACUGUAGCAAGACUUAGGGAAGAAAGACACACACCUGAAAUUUUCCGUUGAGUUCACUAGAAAGCACACAGGUGUUUCACACUUUAGGGUGUUGUGUUAAAUAUCCAUACAUAAACUCGUGGCCCGUUGACAUUUUAGUGUUCCCCAUAAAUGUACAUUUUGGGGGAGCAGCCAGUCACUGCUCCCUUCAUGUGUGCAUUUUUAACCAGUGUCUUUGUCAUGCAUGUUACACUGCACCCCAACAACUUGAAAUGUGAAGGGGCUCUCUGACUUCAGUGGCUAAGUAAUUUUAGAGUGCAACUUUUUCGUAAAAUUAUGUGGUUCAGUGAGGCCGCCACCCUUUGCUGCUUGUUUUGGUUGACUCUUGAGAGAGACAAAGGAACAACUAGGAAGGAAUGUGUGGGCCUAACCCAUUAGCUUGGGAAAGAGAUGAAGUGCUGAGGAAUGGUGAGAAUAUAGAAGCCAUUCAUGGGCCUAUACCAGGCUUCCUCAACCUUGGAUAUCCUGAUGUUUUUGGCCUACAACUCCCAUGAUCCCUAACUAGCAGGACCAGUGGUCAGGGAUGAUGGGAAUUGUAGUCUCAAAAUAUCUGGAGGGCCGAGGUUGAGGAAGCCUGGCCUAUACUUCGGUAAGAGGGAGACUUGGUUGGUGAGCAGUUCCCAGGUCUGUAUGGGACCGCACUCCUUCUGACGGACCAGAUGUGUCAUUUGGGGGCGGGGUGUGCUGUGAUCCAUCUUUGCCGAGGGAGAUCUGGGUAACAUCGAUGGCAAGGCAUACCUAUUAUUGGCUUAAUUUGGUUCACCAACUGUGACUUUUCCUCAGCAAGGAUAGGUAGCCGCCUGAUGUAUGUGUGUUGGUAAUCUCAAAUUGGACUACCUUAAUGUGCCUUUCAAGAGACAGCUCCAAAAGCCAUAGCCAGUGCAGAACACCACACCGCAACCAGGUUGUUGAGUUGAGUACAUGGCUGCAGACAUAUUAUGGAGAGAACUACACUGGUUGCCAAUUAGCUGCCAGGUCAUUUUCAAGGUCUUGUUCCAGUUGGACAGGGCUUCUGUAAGUUAUUUACCUAAAGGACUGCCUUCCUCUGUAAAGUCCUGUACUCAUACCCCACCCCACAGCAAGGAGAGAAUCCAUGGGGCCUGUAGAUGCUGCUGAACUCCAAUUGUCAUCAAACCGUGCCAGCGUGGUUUGGCCAGGGAUGGUGGAAUUCGUAGUCAGGCAACAUAUGGAAGGCUGCAUGUUUCCCAUUCGAGCAUUAAGCGGAAAAUCAGAAUUUUCUGCUCUUGCUCCUGUGUUCUGCAUCCUGCAUCCCUCCACUGCCCCUGAAGUGUCCUCUAUCAGUUGCUUCGAGCAUCUGACAAAGACGGAACUUUUUGUCCCAAGUUUGCCCAGACCCAUAAGAUUCGACCCUGCCAUUACUAUAUUUGUUUUUAUGAUACCGUUUUUCUGUUUGUCCUUAGAAAUCUUAGAAUAUGAAGCAAUUUAGAAACACUUCAGUAAAUAGGUUUAGCUUGGCUUCAGUACAAUAUUAAAAUAAAUGAUACUGAACUAGGGAUUUUUUCUUAGUUAUUUUUCUAAUUAUUGCAUUUCAUGUUUUUAAAUAUUUCAAUUUUUAUUGAAUUUUUCACAGAAUUUUACUGAUGUGUGGCCAUGUACACUUAAUAAAUAAAAAUAACUUAUUAUGAACAAGCAAUCUAAGCAACUGAAGUGUACUUAUGUAGUCACCUUGGUUUUUUACCGAGAUACCUACUCCCACUUAAAUUAGUAGUUUGAAAAGUAUUAAUUUAAUUCCAUGCAAUGUGCGUUUAUUAAUCAUCAUCAUCAUCAUCAUCUUCAAGGAAGAAGAGUAUCCCCCAAGGGACGAUUUCAGUGACGCAGACCAGCUUCGCGUGGGCAAUGAUGGCAUCUUCAUGUUGGCUUUUUUCAGUAAGUAGCACAUCUUGGUGUCCUCGUAAGCAGCAGUUGUUUGAGGCGUGGGUGGGGAACACCCUUCAGUCCAAGGGCCCCUUCUCAUUGCAAAAACUUUCUGACAGCUGCAUAUCAGUGAUGGGAGUGGCCAGACACCCAUCACUGUCCAUCCUCCAUUCAGACAUGCAGAAGGUUUCACCAGAGUUCAGGGACACAUUCCAGCCAGGUAAAAUCGACAGAGGAGGAAGUAGAGGGAAGGGGGAGCACAGAGCCUGGGUUGAGUCCUGGGGACACACUCAGACCCUGAGCCAGAGGUUCUUCCUCCAUGGUAAAUGCAGCAGGAUUCUUGAUGUCACUCAGUUGGUAGAGCAUGAGACUCUUAAUCUCAGGAUCAUGGGUUCGAGCCUCAUGUUAGGCAAAAAGAUUCUUGCGUUGCAGGGGUUUGGACUAGAUGACCCUUGUGGUCCCUUCCAGCUCUACAGUUGUAUGAUUUUAAGAAUCCUCUCUUCCCAGUCACACAAGAUGCAGCAUUUACUAAUGGAGAAUAGAGAAAUAUAUUAAAGUCUUGUUCAUACUUUAGCUCUCUUCUCUUCCACACAUUAGGCAGUGGCAAUGUACGCCAGAAGGAGCCACAACCAGCCUUGAUCCUCACGUUUUACGAUUUUAGGCAUAUGCGUCAAAUUGCAAAGCAUGUUAGAAUCUUGAGAGAAAGAUCUGUGUUGUUAAGAGUUGCCAUUGACAUGCGGUUUGAGCAAAUUUAACUCCAUGAGCAGCCAAUGAUAUAUUUGCACUUGACUUCCGAGGCUGGAUAAGUGGAGGCAAAGUGUAGGAUGAUUAUCUGUACUCUCAAAUAUCAGUUUUUACUGACAUCAAUAACAUAGGCUGGGCUCUUGAUAUGUGGAGUAGGAUGAAUAAUCUUUCUCACCCAGCUCCUAUCCUCCUCCCCAGUAGAGCAGUGUUAUGAUAAAAGCACCUGGUUCUGAAUUUACAGUAAUUGAAGCAUUGUAAUUUGAAUCCAGUAGUUCCAUAGUGUGUCACACACACUGAACAUGUCUCCUUAUUUUGAAGUUAAAUUAAUUUCCGUCCUUGCUGUGGAUCAUGAUACGUGACUGCCAUCCUGUGACAAUUCUCUGUAUUGCAGCUGCUGUCAUUCAUGACUUAUACGCAACAAGUGUUUAAUGUUUUGCAACUAUUCAUGUCGAUACUUGAAAUUACCUGCAAUAACUCAGGUCUUUAGCAUAGAGAUUCUGUGUUUGUAUUUUAAUUGAAUACUACAGAUAUGUUAUACAAGCAUAUCUUUGGGUGCUGUUUGCAAAGUAAAAAAAGCACAUUAGAGCAGAGCUUUCCAAACUGUGUGUCACGACAUGUUAGUUUGUCAGCUGCAGUCCAUGUGUCACAUGAAAGCCUCUGGUUUGCUAGUAAAACUGAAUUACUGUGUUGCGAAAAGAUGCAUGCUUAAAAAGUGUGUCACCAACAUGAAAUGUUUGGAAAGCUCAGCAUUAGGAUAAUGGGGCAGGGGCUUUUUUCAAUUCAUGUCAGCCAGGUCAGCACUGCCCAAGCACAGCAGAUGAGCCACGUAUGAUAAUACCAAAUGGUUUCGCCGCCCCUAAUUUUCACAGGCAGCAAAAUCGGGAGAUUUAUCAAGCUCUGUGUAGUCACCAUAUAUGGCCUUUAGGCUAUGUUCAGUUCGGUGGGUUGCAAGUUGUGCAAUCUAGAUGUAAACAAGGAACUGGUGGAAGAGUAAAAUUACAUUUUGACAGCGCUGAUUAAUGUUUCUGGGAAACUGGAGCAGCUUCUCGAAUAGCUGAGUACUCUAAUGAAAAUAAGAGCUCCACAUGAUGGAACUUGCCACUUGUAAAUGGAAAUGUGAGUUUGUGCACCUCUUUAGCACAAGGCAUAAGACGUGAUGCUCCUUUAAAUAUUUAGCACACCACUGUGGAGGCUGCUUUUCCUGUCUAGCAGUAUUGAGCAAUGGGGUGGGGAAUACAAAACCUCCCUGCAAUUUCUGGACCUCUAAAAAAAAAGGACCAUUAAAUCUGUUAAUCUUUGGAUAGUGGGUUGUGCUUAUCCCCAGCAGUUGAAGCCCCUCACUUUUAACAGAGAAAUUUCCAGAGACGCAUGCAAUGUAAAACCUUAAAAACAAUGAAAGGGUAAAAUAUAUUCAAUGAAAAAUACAGAUGGAGCAGCCAGCAGCCAGCUAAAAAUAGAGUUGAAAUUGGUGACCUAAAAAGCCUGUUAAGUGUUUCACCCUAUGCUGAAAAGAUAAACUUGGUAUCUGGAAAAUCUUUGGGAAGAUAAUUCUAAAGCCAGGAUGAUGCUAUAGAGAAGGUCCAAUUGCUAAUUGCUAUCAUCCUAACAUCCUGGAGGAGGGUCUCUAAGGCAGAUCUUAAUACACGUUAAAGAUCAAUACGGAUAGUUUGAAUUAUUCCUGGAAAUGAACAGGGAGCUAUUUUAGCCAUUUUAAAGCGGGUGUAAUGUUUUGUUCAACCAGACCCAGCUAGUUUGAAAUAUGGCUAGAUUGCCAACUACAUUUUCUGAGAGUUUUUAAAGGCACCACAGUACACUAUAAUCAACGGGAAUGUUAAUAGAUCAUGGAUAAAUUAUCGCCAGGGUAUCUGUGUUCAGAAGGGGCUAGAGCUGGUGCAUUGCCAAAGCUGGUGAAAGAUGCUUUGUGCUAUGGAAGCUACUCAGGGCUCCAAAGACAAGGAGAAUGCAAUCCCAUCAAGAACAGGUUGAACUUCUCCUAGACCAGACAACCCAACUCCUAACACCACCUCCAUCUUGUCUGGACUGGAUUUCAGGUUUCUGGUCCUCAUGCAUCACUUACCAGAUCCAGGCAUCCGUUUAGCAUCCCUACAGUUUCACCUGUCUUGCAUGAAAAGUGAAAGUGCACCUGGAUGUUAUCUGCGUGUUGAUGACAUCUUGCUCCAAAUCUCUGGAUGACCUCCCUGGGUAUUAAAACAAUGAGUGCUUCUUUUAAAGCCAUCUUUCAUGGGGAAACUUUGUUGUGUUAGAAGUGAGGAAGUCCAUAUGUCCAUAAUACACUUUUUUGACUCAAGCUUUUUGCUAUUUAUUGGGAGAUCCUCAGAGUUGCUCACUCUAGACAUUUGUCAGGAGUGUCUGUGAAGCCUUAGAACAGGGGUCAGCAAACUUUUUCAGCAGGGAGGUCGGUCCACUGUCCCUCAGACCUUGUGGGGGGCUGGACUAUAUUUUGAAGGGGAAAAAAGAACAAAUUUCUAUGCCCCACAAAUAACCCAGAGAUGCGUUUUAAAUAAAAGGACACAUUCUACUCAUGUAAAAAACAUGCUGAUUCCCAGACCGUUCACCCAUGUCUUAGAACUUUGAUUUGGUUCAUCCCAGUUCACCCUAAGUAUUACAAGCUAAUCCAUUGCUUCUCUGUUCUUAGCGGUUUCUUUUUUAUUGUUUGCUUUUACCUUUUAAACAGUCUUAAAUAAGUAUCUUGAUAAAGUCAAUUUACAUACAGACACACACACAUAUGAAUUCAGUUAAAAGAAAUGCAUUUAAGUUUUAACAAGGCGUACGUUUCAUUUUAGUGGCCUUCAUUUUCAACUGGAUUGGUUUUUGCUUAUCGUUCUGUAUAACGAACACCAUAGCAGGAAGAUAUGGUGCCAUCUGUGGAUUUGGGCUGUCUCUGAUCAAAUGGAUUCUCAUUGUUCGAGUAAGUCUCUUCCAAUUACAGAUUUUAAAAUGAAUUUUAAAAGUACUUUUUUUGUUUAAAAUGAAUAUUGGCAGAUAAUUAUGUCCACUUUGAUCAAGAAUCUACUUAAAGGACCAAGAAUUUGUUGUAGUUUAACGCAACAAAAUUUGAGUUAUGUGGGUUUUUUUGUGACAUGGGAACUUUUGCCUUUAUAGUUGUUUUGUUUCAUUGGUUAUCUUUUAAUGCUUUAAUUUUAUUGAACUAUGAUGUUGAUAUUUCUGCAGAUAAUUCAAUUUAGGCAAGAGGAACAACAUGUCUAUCAAGUAACUUGGUAGUUUGUGUAUUCCAUUCUAGCUAGUCAUUAUUAUAAGACCUACUAUUCACAUUUAAGAAUUGGUGUCCGAGUUUGCUUUCCCCCUCCUCCCUUCAGAUCCCUUUUUCAUUUUGGGCCAUGCAUUUUGGAUUUUUUGGCCUGAAGUCUGGAAGUGUCCUCUUUUAAUUGAUUGUAUUUAAGCUGUUGUGGGACAGGGUACAGAAGUUCCCAAUAAAUGAUACAACAUGGUACCUUUUUGCCCCAAACCAUUAAAAGCUUUUCUAAGUGCUAUUAAUGUUAAAAUUUGGGCCCAGGUUAGGCGUGAGGGUCUAGGCACGCCUAGGGCACAUGGGUACCAGCAGCUACUUAAGGAUGCCACAGAUUCCCUGCUCCUGCCACAUUUUUGAGAGGGUUUCAAAGGUGAGACAAGAAGGCCACAUCCAAAGGAAAGCAGUGGGAGCAAAGGCAGUCUGUUAACACAGCAGCAGAGACCCCCUUAAAAUUGCUCAGGCAUGGGAAUUUUAAUAGAUGUCAGAUACUUGACCUGUUCUGUCUACAGCUAUUACAAACCUUCCUUGCUGGCCUGUUUGGGUUUCCUGUAGCUCCCCUCUUUUUGCCCACAGCCUGGGGAAAUCUCGGACUUACAGCAGGCUUAAGCCCUUUCCAAUGUGUGUCCUCUGCUGCACUGCAGUUGCAUCAUGAUGCCAAAUCUAGGUGAUAUAAAUAGGUGGGACCACACAAAAACAGAGGCAAGUGUACUGCUUGGUUGCAGUUGGCAGGAACAGGUUGUUCAUGGCCCUAUGAGACACUCAUAGUUGGCCAAGCUAUAAUAAUGUGGCCAUCUCUUACUAAAGUUUAGUGAAUGUGUUGUAAUACUGUGGGAAGCUUUUCUGCAUUUGAUGAAGGCAUAUUGUUAGACCUUGUUGGAAGUAUUUUUGUUUCUACUGUGUUUUCUUUUUGCAAAUGCCAUAAAUACACUAACAAGCUUUAAAUAAUGGAAAUACUCCAUUAGCCAGUUUAAAUGAUUAUGUGCAAACUGGCCUUAUUUUUCUGCUAUGUAAUCAUUUAUAAGAGCAUUUGGCCCUGCCUUGUUUAAAUGUUUGACUUAACAUACUGCAUACUGCAUCAGCCAAUUAGCCAAUUAUUUACUGACACGAAAUAACCUAGAGUUGAUUGGCAAGUUGGGACAAUUGUAGCAAUAGAGAAGGAAGUGAUUGAACAGCCCCUGCUUGACUAAAUUGUUUCUUACCACCCUCUAAAAGUUGCAGUGGACGUUCUGCGUUACUUUUGAGUUUCAGGCUGUAACUGUGCUGAGUUCUUGGAGACAUUUGAGUCAACCCUUUUUAUCAGUGAAGCAUGCAGUCUGCAGUCUGCUGAAGGCCAGAUACCUGUCUCCAAAACCAUCGCACCCUACCCUCCAGCUGCCUGUUCAGAUUCCCACAUCACAGAGAAGACAAAACUGUCUACCGUGCUCGCUAACAGGAACGAUUGAAUUGGCCCUUCAAGGUUCAUUUAGCUGCGUUCAGCUCACUGCUGGGAACUGAAUGCAGGAGAAUCUAGUUUGAAAAUGAAAAGAGUUUAAUGAAUCAGGGGUCUUUAUGGAACUGGUAUUCUUGGCAGCGAUUAUCAGUAGGGGGUGUACAGAAGGUCAAAAGCUCUCCUUUUGUGGGGUCAGCCAAACAUCCCCAUCUGAUAAGAUUAAACUAAUGUGACUUUUGGUGUUAAUAUCGAAAGCAGCAGGCUCCUGUAAUGUGUUUGAGAUGGCAGACACGGGGCGGGAGGGGGGGUGAGAGACGGAUUUACAAACGCAACCAUUAUUAUGGUGACUGUCUGAUUCUAAUGAGCAAUGCUUAAUAAACCAUUUUUUCACAGGUUGGUUGAGACUUCUUUGCUUGCAAGAAAAUAAAAGAAAUAACUCCUCUUUUAUUCUAAAGCUGCACAGAGUAUAUUUGUCUUCCCAAAUGCACCAAUUGUGAUUUUUUAUUUAUUUGUUGUGUAUGUUCUGUAAUGUCUUAGAUAUGUAUUUUCAGUAAUCCUAAUAUGUUACAAGCAUGAUAUGAAAUGUAGCUAACAUGUUGGGGGCUUUUCUCCCCUUCCAGUUCUCAGAUUACUUUACUGGUUAUUUCAAUGGACAAUACUGGCUUUGGUGGAUAUUUCUUGUACUUGGUAAGUCCCAAUCAAAAACUUUACUUUUUGAAUUUCCAAAUAACUUGAUAACUGAGUAGAACAAUCCUAACUGGGUUUAAGAAAGAUUGGCAGUAAAUUUGCACAUGUAUGCUCAUUGAAAUCAAGGGCUUACUGUAGCAGUGGUAGAACUUAUCACAGAUCAAGCACGUUAGAUAGUAUUUCCAUAUUGCCUCUUCACAGACAAAGUAAUUUUCACAAGAGGCCGUAUCCUCAACGUUCUGUUUGAAAACCUGUUUUAUAUUUUUCAUCCUCUGUGGGUUUCAUUGAUACUCUUUGUUUUACUACCACUCCUUUUUAAAAGUCAGAAAAAUAGAAGUCUGUUAGAGACAGAGGGUAGAUUUUUCUGAAUUAUUUUUUACGUUUUCUAAAUCUGAAUAAGAUGAAGCUUAUUUCUGAAUUGAUCUCAUUAUGUUUAAAACACAGCAUCAUAACUGAACUAAGACUAUUCAAGUAUAUAAGGUCAAAGUUUACGUAUAAGCUUUCCUUUUAAGAUACCUAGUUUUUAUAAUUAUUUUCUUGGACUAUAUGAAUGGUUUUGAAUGCGAGUGUGCCUGUCACUUUGUAUUCAAUCCAUGGAGGUAUCCUUUUUGCCUUAGAAAUGCACUGUGCAUUAAUCAUUAUUCACUCAGGCAAGGGGAAGGGCUUUAUGCUGCUGAACACAGUGCUUCUGUUCCCUCAAUUUUCUUUUGAAAAGCUGUCUGCCGAGCUUCAGGCUUCUGGGGCAGCUGCAGGGAAGGUUGCUGGGGAAAAGAAGGCUUUUAAAAGUGUAUUUGAGCAUCUAUUGUACGUCCGAAGCUUGGCUCACUUGCUUGGGUCAGCUGGUGAUCUUGCCUUGUGGUGUAACUAUCACCCCAACUAUUUACAGCUUAUUCCUAACACUUUAUUUUAAAAUUCCGUGCCAACUUUCUUGAAACGGCCCAUAAACAAUAAAAUAUAAGAACUAAAUGUAAACAGUGGCAAUUUAUAGAUGCACCACUGAUGCAAAUAAAUGCCCAUAUAGCCCAUACAUACCGUGGCAGAAAAAGCAAGGGUAAAACUCAAGUCUAAUUAAAAUUAAGGCCGUUGAUUGAUUCAGUAAUUUAUCACCAAAAUCUUAAUAUAGGUUCCUUUUGGAGAUACUGUGAUUGAUUGCAUAGGAAAGUUAAGCUUUCAUCCUACUCGCCACAUAUUUUUAGCUUCUCUGUACAGUGCCUGACUUCCUACUUAGAAAGCCUGCUUAGGAAAGCACCCUUUCCUUGAACUUGCCAAGGUAUGUUGAUGUGCCUGUGACUCUAUAAAAGUUCCUUGGCAUACAUACUGAAAGUGUAAAAUGGCAAAUCGUUGUAAGCUUGCUUCCUUUCAAUUAGCAUGAGAAUGCAUCUUUUAAUCAAUGUUUCACAUUGCACCUCUGCUUUCAGGUCUCCUCCUAUUUUUCCGAGGUUUUGUUAAUUACCUGAAAGUCAGAAACAUGUCUGAAAGUAUGGCAGCUGCUCAUAGAACAAGAUUUUUCUUCUUGUACUAGAGGUAAGCACCGUAGCUCCUUUCGUAGGUAAGUACUUGGCACAGAAAAUGCCUUCAGCCAAAUUGCUUUCUCCGUUUUGCACACUUGGGCAUGCAUGCACAAAUAUUGCCUUAUAUUGCUUGAUAGUUGCCUUUGUUUUUCAAGCCUAUUUCUGCAAUGUCAGGGUUGAGUUUCCCCCAUAUAUAUAUUUUUUUAAAUAGCAAGUCCCAUGCAUUCCUCUGACAGAAAAGCAAGCAGUUAAUAUCUGAUUUCCCCAACUUUAUUAAACGUUGUAAGCCUCUACAUAAAUGCUUGACUCUUCUGUAGUGAGGAUAAAUCAACUCCCUAAACACCUUUUUAACAUUUGGCAGGUGUAACUAUUAUGUCUUCAAAGUCUAUGAGCGUUUAAACUUCAACCCACAUUCAAUAGAAAAGAGAUAUACCAGGCCUUAACUGAUGGUAGUAUGGUCCCAUUGAACAUUGCCCAUGAUAUUUGCAUUCCCUUUUCAGUUUCCAGUUCACUUAUCAUAAGGCUUUUGCAAGGACUGCUGACAAAAUGCAAGUUAGGCUGGCAUUAUUAUUCCAUAUUUCAGUUUUGGAGUGUGUGUCAUGUGGGCUGAGAAAAUAGCAAGGUGCAUAAAAGUAGCUUGCAAGUUCACUGCCAAAGUGCGAUUUGAAUGAGCGGUUUCCCUUUGCAACACUUGCGGUCCUAGUAUAAUAUUCAUAUCACAAUACUGACUCUUUCCAAACAUGCUCAUCUCCCUGGCCAAGGACGAGGAUGUUUAAACUGCACCAUCAGUGUGCAGUGGUGCCUUACAGAAUUAUGCCAGCAAUGUAGAUGGGUUCCUGUUUCCCAAGGAGCUUAAAAUCUAAAAGGGAGAGUGGGGAGAGAGGGACAACAGAAGAGGGGAGAAUGUGGGCAAAUGCUGUUGCAAACACUUGAAGUUUGGAUGAGGAUUAAGAGGAUAAACAAAAAGCCAUGUGGAAAAGGUGGGUUGUAAGGAGGGAUUUGAAGGAAGAGAGAGGUGGCAUGCACAACGUUCACUUUCCGGAAGGCUCUUUCAUGGGGCGGGGGGAGGAAAGAACAGAGUAGUUUAAAUGCGUAAUAGUCUGAUUUAUUGAUUCAUCCGGCUUAUUUCCUGAAGUUUGGGCCACAGCGGUAGUCAUCCCUAUAUUCAAAAAGGGCCUUGCAUGCGAUCCGGCUAGUUAUAGACCAGUUAGUUUGCUACCUGUAAUUAGCAAAUUAUAUGCAAAGCGUCUUUACAAUAAGCUAGUUGAUUGGAUAACCAAUGAAGCUAUUUUUGCUGAAGAGCAAGCAGGAUUUAGAUGAGGCGGAUCCACUAUAGACCAUUGCUUUGUACUAGCCCAUUUUAUAGAUAAGUAUGUUAAGAAACCAGGUAGUGUGCUAUAUGCAGAUUUGAUUGAUCUGAAAGCUGCAUUUGAUUCAAUCUCUCCAGUAAGACUGUGGGAUAAGCUGAACUCUUCCAAGUAUAGAUAAAAUAUUGUUGCUCUUGAUUAAAUGUCUGUAUAAAAACACAGUGCUGAAAGUGUGUUGCUCGACAAAUGGGCAGCUCUCAGGAUCCGUACCAGACACAAAGGGAGUUAAGCAAGGUUGCAUCCUAGCUCCCACACUGUUUAAUUUAUAUAUAAAUGAUAUUGUCCAGAGUUUGAAAUCCCCAGAGUAUCAUGCCCCUAAACUGACCACAAAAGCUAUCUAUGUUAUUAUAUAUAUAUAAUAAUAUAUAUUAUUAUAUGCAGAUGCAUAGAAGGGAUAAAAUGAGGAAAGGGACCCCAAAUAUAGUGUGGUAAGGCUGUGUUUAAGGCAAAGACUAUCUUCACACUUAAAUAGUUAUCAAUAUUCAGUAUUAAUCUGUUAUAAUAUAUUAUUCUAUACUAUAAUCUAAUAUUAAUCUGUUAUUACUCUUUGUAUCACUGUCUGAAUAUAAUUCAGGGGAUGCAGAUAAGAAUGUAGACCAACCAAUUUAAUAUGGCUUCAGAAUAAUGUAAAUGAGCUGUGUGCUUGUUUUCAAAAUGUAUAACUGACUGGAGCCCUUAAAGCAUAGGUGAAAACAACAUCAUAGCAUAAAUUCUCAAUAAAAACAGCUGAAUGUCUGACCAUUCUUGACAUGGAAUAGGUAAAGGGACCCCUGACCGUUAGGUCCAGUCGUGGAUGACUCUGGGGUUGCGGCGCUCAUCUCGCUUUAUUGGCCGAGGGAGCCGGCAUACAGCUUCCGGGUCAUGUGGCCAGCAUGAUUUAAGCUGCUUCUGGCGAACCAGAGCAGCACACGGAAACACUGUUUACCUUCCCGCCAGAGUGGUACCUAUUUAUCUACUUGCACUUUGACGUGCUUUCGAACUUCUAGGUUGGCAGGAGCAGUGACCAAGCAAUGGGAGCUCACCCAUUGCGGGAAUUCGAACUGCUGACCUUCUGAUCAGCAAGCCCUAGGCUCUGUGGUUUAGACCACAGAGCCACCCGCAUCCCUUGACAUGGAAUAGGUAGCAGUCUGUAAACCGUGUCUCCCAAGGGUUUACACACCUAAGAUGUUUCCAAACAGAGAGCUUCCCAUGGGCUUUAGAAUGAAUCUUGAGUUUUUCUGAAGGAAGGGAAUUCCACAAUCGUUGGCCACCACCCUAAGGUGGUGGCCAGUCACAUUUCUGAUGGUGGUUACACCUGCAGGAAAAGCCUUGCUUCCUGUUCUUAACACCUGGGAAGGAAUGUAGGGGGGAAAUGCUCACUCAGAUACCAUAGGGGGAAAGCAUAUGGGGUUUUAAAGAUUAAAACACCUUUAACUUAGCCCAGAAACUAAUUUGCCUCCACUGGAGUUCUUGUUGUAACGGUGAAAAAUUCUCCAUGUACUGAAAUAUCCCCAAGGGACUAUAUUCACAUACAUAUUUCAGAAUGCAGUAUUGUUAAAUAUGUUGUUUGAUUAUCCCACUGAUUUUUUAGUUAACUAAAAUACAGCUCUUUUCUUUUAUUCCCAGACUGCAUCGACCAGACAUUCCUUUCUCAUACCAAUGUGAACUUCCAGCCAAUCUGUAACCUUCCAAGCGAAUAGGGAAAGACGACUACUAGAAGCAGGAGAUAAAUUUGAAGCAGGAUCUUUUUGCCGCUUAGGGAAUGACAGGGUGGUCUAUGCUUAAGUGCCAUUUCUGUUCAUUCCACUAAAUAUUUAUAUUAAGCAUUGCCUUUUGUCUUGCACAUAUGCAUAUGUGCUAAUUUAACAAGAACUUUAAAAAGAAUAAAUUCCAUGCAUAUGGUCUGCUAAGCAGUUGAAUACAGCCAGACUUGACUAAUUUGUGUUUUGUAUCUGGAAGAUUUAAAGUGGUAACUUGUUUUCACAGUAUUAUGUACUAUCUACUUAACAGAAGUUUCAUUAAGUACAAGUAAUUUGUACUGAAUGACUCACAGUAAGCCACUCAGACUCUGUUAGUAUGUAAAUUGCAUUCAUCCAAUUAUGCACAUAAAAACUGCUCUAUCACAUGAUAUGUAGUUCUAUAAACACGCAUUGAAAAGCUGUCGAGGGCUAACCAAGGUUUCCCUAGUGCACCUCUCUUACACUGGUGUGAAUUUGGGUCCCCCCCUCCGUACAUAGAUGUGGGCCAUAAAAGCAGUAGCCUUAAUCACUGCCAUUUUAAGCCCAAUUUGAACACAUUCUUAAAGUAAGCAUAUACAGUAAAAAAAUCUGCAUGUGCUAUAGUUCGUAAAGUCCCAAUAUUUGAUCUGAUAAUUAUAUUACAGGAAAGUGUAACACCAUCCCAUGCUGUUCUAGUGAUCUAGGAAACCGGAAGAGAGAUUGGAGCAGUAGCCUCAGUUAUCAGAUCAGGAAGUAAUGGGAUUGCUCUCUCUCUUCCUAUGUGGCCUCUCCAUUAUUUCUGCCUUAGCAGAGCAACAUGGGAUUGAGCCAUGUUGGAUCAGUGGCUGCGCUGUUCCCAGAACAUUCCCACCAGCCCUUAAACUUCAAAAAGAAGUGUCCGGAUUACAAACAAUGGCAAAACGUUAGCAAUAUCACUUCUUCUCCAAUGUCUUACCAGUUUGAUGUGCAUACGGGUCUUUGGGGCUGUGUAACUUCAUGAGCAUUAAGCCCUGCAAGAAAGCUUUUGGCAACAAUCUGUACAGAGCCAAAAGAAUUAAGAUGUGCAUCAGAACAAUGAUGUUUCCUUAAGGGCACAAAUUGAUGGAUUUUGAGUCCCAGUCCUGCAGGGGGGGAAAUCGUACACUCGUUUCACUGUCAUGUCCAUCAUCUCAUUGGAAAGGCUAGUGUAAGAUAAUUGCUAGUCUGAUCCUGCACUUUUUUCUAGGUAGGUAGACCUCUACCCCACUCCUUUUUCUCACCCUACAAUCAUUGGCUCUAACUGGAGAUCAGGACUGUACACUCUCUGACUCCGACUGCACAACCUCCACUCCUCUAGGUGAGUUUGUCAAGGAGCCCUGCUCCAUUCCAGGUGAAAGGAACAGACAUUGCACACCACCAGUGGAUGAACAACCUAGUUCUUUAAGCCGGAGUGUCAGUUUUCCUUGUUGUUGUGUUUUGUGGGAGUGUUUCCAUAACCGCCGUUCCUUAACCCCAAAGGUUACUCGCCAUGCUUUCACAGGAAUGAUGUUAAGUUUAGGUCAAUUCCAUUGGGCACAUUUUCAUUUUCCUUGCAAAAAUACAAGCAAUUCGCCAUCAGUGGUAUCCGCACCAUAGUAAUGAUGGCCCUCCCGUGCAAAGGAAUAUAUCUAGGGCUUUUUAUGGGGAGGCAAAUGUUGAAGCACAUGUGUUUCUUCCCCAAACAUCUCUGGGACUCUGCACUCUGGCGUGACGGGAGACAAAAUCUCCCAGAUAUCCACAAACAGCUCUCAUCUCAGUUGCUGCCAAUCACUAAUCACUCUGCAUUUGGGGAGUGGUAGAUGCACAUUUAUUCUUUUGUUUGUUUCUUAAUUUGAACUCUUGCAUUUUUAAUACUAAUGUGUAGAGGAAUUAUAUGUCUCAUUUAGUGCUGUAUCCAAUUUUGUAUCUAUUGUAUGCAUAAGGUUUAUAUUCUUUAAUAUUUCAGGAUUAAUAAUAAUUAAAAAAAAAGGCCGAAGAGUUUGAAAGCAAAAGCCCACUACUGCUUUUCAUGAAAACAAGAGUCUCUUGGGAAUUCCCAUGUGUUUCUCUCUGAAUUCAUCAGUAUUUUUUCUAUGAUUUUCUCUCCUCUCUAUCUCUCUUAUUUAUCUUCCUUUUUUUGCAUUAUUUGUUCUCAUAAGAGGCAGGUGAAUAAAAGUUUUUGUUUUGGAAUAAA